AGUUCGGCCUGCACCAGCACAGUGAUGAAUGCCUCUGUUGCUACUUCGGUGUUCGAUUUCACUAGCUAUAGAAACCUGUGGGAGACGUGGUUUGCUGCUACAGUUUCCAGUAACACAACAGGGUUUCUCUUUGCUCUGCUGGAGGCUGUUUACCUUCUGCACUUGGGAGGCUGCGACCUUGCUGUUCCUACCAGGUAUCAUAUUGCUCUCAAGCUGUGAGAUCUAAGAUAAGGCAAAACAUUUUAAAUAAUUCGAAGUAAAUCAGUUUAUCGUUUAUCACAUGUACUGCACUAGGUGCAGUCUGUUAAACUCAUUUCCUUGCUUAUUAAUUCAUGCUGUAAUUGCUGCAUAUAAAAUUUUCAAAGAAAAGUUAGCUUUCUGUUAGCUGACGCAGAAGCCAAUAUGUAGCUCUUCCCUUGGCAAACUAAAUCAAAACUAAACUGAAAUAAGUUUUUUUUUUAAUCAUCAUGGAGAUAAGGGGAGAAUAAUAAUUUCUUCAAUCUAAUUAAAAGCUUUAAAACUGUAUUUUUAGUUUCUGUGCAGGUGUGUUGGCUGAUAGACUGGAUAAGGACUUCCCAAAUCAAAACAAAUAACCUUUUUUUUUGUCUACUACCCCACUCUCUCUUCCUUAACCUUUCUGCUGACCGCCCCCCAGCCAUAACAACAGGCAUUUCACUAGCUGUGUUUUUAAGUUGGUAGACAAGUUUGAUGUCAUUAAUCAUGUAUCCUUUGAAAUUUUAUACACUUAUUUCACAGUGCUGAUCUUAAUCUCAUUACUAAUUCAACUUGUUCAGUCAUGUCUUUGGCCUUUAAAGGAGGGAGUAAAACUGAUCAGCUGUAAUUUCAGAAAAUAAUUAAGGUCCAGACCUUGGAGACAAUGUACCAUGGAAUAGAUACGGUGCUUCGAGUAAGAGCUUGCAUGUUUAGUUUUUUUUUAAAAAAAGAAAAAGGGUGGAAAAUUGCUUUUUAAAAAAGCAGUAACAGCUGCUCAUUGUCUUUUGCUGCGUCCAUAAGAAAAUUACUUUGGUUUAACAAAUGCACACACACACACAAAGGCACGGCUCUCAGGCUUCUGCGUUAACUUGGACAGUGUCUUUUUAUUAUUAUUAAAGAUUUUCUUGAUUUAAAAAGGUACAUACCUUUUCUCCCCCCCCCCCAAGUUGCAGACUUUUCUACAGAUCAGUUACAUUUUUUAUGAGACAUUAGUGUUGAGUACAGCAUAACGUCAGGAAGAUGGUGGGGGGAGAGGAGGGGUGGUGGUGAAAUUUAUAUUUUUUGCCAUGUACGUGUGUGGUCUCGUAUCAGCGUCAACUAGAUAGAUUCUUUUUCUAUUCACUUGUUAUGUUUCCUUGGUAGUGAGAAAGGUUGGGGCCCAGGUUAUGGUUGGUUGGCUGCAAUGGGGUUUGUUUGCCUUUGUGAGGGGAGGAGGGCUUGUUGGGUCAAGUAAGCCAGAUUGAUUCGUAUGCUGUUAGUGGGUAGGAUCAUUCUUUUUGAUAUAUCACAUUAUGUUUUCAAUUUGUGUGGUAAACAGCCUCCGGGUGGUUUGGGCAAUUUUCUACCUUCCUAUGAAAAUGCUUCACAUUGCAAUGUAUUCCAGGGCAUGUUAACUGUCUCAUAGAUGAAAAGUGCCUGUACUAUGUGGCUGCAGGUUCACACAAGUUACUUACCAUGAGACAGAGAUUUAUGUGGCAUGACUUCUUGGCAGCAACUAAUGCAAUCCAAGCAACUCAGAAAUUGAGCCUUCGUAUGAGCACUGCAGGAGUUAACGUGAAACUGGACUAUGGAGUCAUACACUUAAGAGAAUAAUUGGAUGUGAUUAUCAGCAUAGACUGGUGGAAGUGGUGGCCUUAUAACAUUUUGGAUAAUUUAAUGCAUUGGCCUCACCCUGCGAGGCGCCGAGGGAAAUUGCUGCAGCUCUCAAUGCAAUUUCACCCCAGCACCUAGAUGUUUGGACGGCUUAACUGGGGCACGGGAGGGCUCUUGAUCCCCAGCUGAGCCAUCCCUGGUGCUCCCCCUGCUCGCAGACGAGUGGGGAGAGCAUCGGGGAUCCUUUGCGUGGCUCUGCCGGGGAUGGAGAGGCCUCCCCAUCCCUGGUGCUCCCCCUGCUUGUGCGGGGCUGGGGGAUCCUUUAACUGAUUAGAGGGGAGCAGCAACUGCACACUCCUCAGCUGAGCAGUUUAAAAACAUGCAGAGGGAGGAACAAGCUGUAGCGGUACCUCGCUGAUGCAGCUUUUUCCCUCCCUCUGCGUAGUAUGAGAGCAGAGUGGGAUGUCGGUUUCACUCAGCGAUAUAUGACCGGUGAAACCGCCACCAUUCCCGAGUCCCUCUGCCAGCAACGCUCGCUGAAGGAAGUCACUAGCAGAGGGACUCAGCAUUGGCGGUUUCACCAGUGAUACACUGCUGAGUGAAGCCGACAUCACAGUCUGCUCCUCAUACCGGUCCUGGGUGAUAAAUUGUUCUGGUGGUGUAGUGUUAGACUAGGACUAAGGAGACCCGAGUUCAAAUUCCCACUCGGUUCACUUUACUGGGUGGUUCUACAAAUAAAUUGCAUGAGGAGCGGAGAGAACCAUGUACACGACCUUGAGCUCCCUGAGGAAAAUGGUAUGUAGAUUUAAAUAGUGUCAUUUCACUAAGCCGAAACGGAGGGAAGGGCUUUGACUUGCGCUUCUCAUUAUUGGCAACAGAUUUAGGCAGAGUAUUGGGCCUACUUUAGUAUUUCAUGAAAUCUGUACAUUUUGACACACUAAACCAAAUGCAGCUCACCAGCCAUGUAAUGUGACCUGCUGACACAUGACCCCACCCAAUACAGGAAACAUAAAGCAAGAGAGUUCAUGACUCCCACCCCCACCACCCGACAUGGGCUACUGUAUAUGACUGCAAAGCUUUGUAGGCCUAAGUUUGUCUUUCUGUGACCGUUACAGGAAUAGCAACCCAUUUCUUUUCUUCCUGAGGUAACUUGGUUCACCAUAAUGUCUGGAUGCUGGUGCCAUAGAAAAAUAGUAUCCAAUUAUUAGUGUGUAAAACACCCCCUGAUUGUUAUCAGGCAGCAGGAAGCAGGUUUUAGAAUUAAAAUAAUAAUAAAUACAUCAUCCUACCUUGGUUGAAGUAAACCACCAUGCCUGACUGUUUGUGUCAACUGAAAAAUCAUUUUGUUUUAGUUUGCUUGCCUCUGCAAUGUAUGUUUGUUCAGAUUAGCAUAAGAGCCUGUUGGAUAAGACAAAUGGCCCAUCUAGUCCAGCAUCCUGUUCUCACAGUGGCCAACCAGAUGCCUGUUCAAGCAGGAUUCAAGCACAAGAGAAAUCUCCCCUCUUGUGGUUUUCCAGCGACUGGUAUUCAGAAGUGUUGCUGCCUCCAACUGAAGGCAGAGCAUAGCCACCGAUAGCUAGCCCUCUCCUGCAUGCAUUUGUCUAAUUUUGUUUUAAAGCUGUCUAGGCUGGCGGCCAUUGUUGCUUCAUCUGCACUGAAUGAGGACGCUGCUUCCUUUUACCUGCCUGAAUCUUCCAAUACUCAACAUCAUUCAGUUCUAGUGUAAUGGGGGGAGGGUUACAUAUGUACUUUCUCCAUGCUAUGCAUAAUUUUAUAAAUUUCUAUCGUGCCACAUCUUACUCAACUUUUCUGUAAACUAAAAGGUCCCAAAUACUGCAACCUUUUACAACUCUGCAAUAUCCUUUUUGAGGUGAGGGGACCAGAACUUUACACAGUAUUCCAAAUGUGGUUCCACCAUAUAUUUGCCACAAUGGCAUUGUGAUAGCAGCAGCUUUUAUUUUUUUAUGAUUUCUAGAAUAGAAUUUGCCUUUUUACAGCUGCCACACACUGGGUUGACAUCUUUAUUGAGUUAUUUACUACAACCCCAAGGUCUAGUUCCUGGUCAGUCACUACACAUGGGUGGAAUCUGAAGAGGCACAUAGGUGAGAGCUGAACUUUUUCUACUUUACUUUACUUUCAUUCACAUUUUACCCAACCCUGUCCGGUCACUUCCACUACCUUCCAGGUUGAGGGGAAAGUGUCCGCAGCAAUGAAGUGCGCACACGCAUAUGGGAAAGUCUAAAAAACAGAUACUCGGUUUUUUAAAUCAGUUUUUAAAGUUCUCCUGUCAAAGGGUGUGUGUGUAUUUGUCCUAUAUUGCAAUUCAUAUUUAUGUACACUUUAGGAAAUCUGUGGCUCUAUAGCCAUGCUGAGUUACUAACCAAUAUUCCCUUUUUGUGAAUCAAGGCAAAAUGGAUGAAAUUUACAAGAUCUCUUCCACUGAGAGGGUCCAGCAGGUGGAAAAGGAACUAGCUGUACAGCUGGAAGAACUAAAGACAGAAAUAGAGGGAAAUGGGGAUCUGCAGGGGACACGGUACUGGUAAAGAGAACUAUUUUCCUCAGACAGAAACAUGGUUCUAGUGCAAAUGAACUGCUCUGGUUCAAUGCAACUCCCAUGCAUUUAACUGUUUGUUAAUUGCAAGAGUAGAUGCCUAUCUGUUACUAUAAUAACUAUUAUUUUAUGUAUUAAAUUUAUUAGUCGUUUGUUUGCCACCGCAACACAAAGCAACUCACGGUGUUUUAAGCAAACACAUGCAUACAUUAAAACCAGCAUAAAAAACUGAAUUGUUAUUUUAGCUUCAUGAUAAAGUCUCAAUUAAAAUAAAUAAAUAAAGAUUCUAUUUUUUUAAAAAAACUAGAAACAACCCACCCACACAAGAAGAUAAUAGAUAAUUAAAAGCCAAAGCCCUAAUGAAAAGGAAAUGUUUCUGCCCAGCACCUAAAAACCAUGGCAGCAGGUAAGCCUCUCUGAGGAGAGCAUUCCCCAAGCAAAGAACUACCACUGAAAAGGCCCAUACACGAGUCACCACUCUCAAGACCUAACAUGGAAGGGGGCACACAAGGGCUUGAGAUGAUGAUUGCAGCAUCCUGGUCAGUUCAUAUGUAGCAUUUAUCAUAUACUGAUUUUUCUGUGUGGUGUGUUUGCUUUCUCUACUUCAAUCAAAUAUUAUAUUAGAGCAGUGGUUUUCAGCUUUCUCAGGCCCAACCUGUAGCAUGGUACUCAUUUUCACUUUAGUUUAAAAUCCACAGAUAUUGCUAACUUUACUUGCUCUUUCUGGUUCUGUCCUGCUCUCCUUUCUCAAAGUGUGAGAUGAACUACCCAUUGAAAUUAAAUGGAUUAGGGUGUUGAAAACUGUCACUUUGACUGAAUCCUGCUAAACGUUUAUGUUUUGUUCAAAAUGCGUGACUCCGCUCAGCACAGAGAACCUCUUCCAAAGGAGAUGGCCAGUCAAUCUACCCAAAUCUAGUUUCUGAGAGCAUCUGAUGCACAUCCAUUCAUCCAAUAAGUAUUCUGGUGUGCUGCUUGUGAUUUAUGAAUGUGUUAGAAGACCAUUUUGCUAAAAGCAGGGAUCUGCCAAUGGGCAAAAUUGAAAGAGUCGUCUUGGGCAGGGUGGCAGUGUAUUCAUGACUACUGCUGGCAUAAACUAUAUGAAUUUUACAAGUUUUUCAGAUGAUUGACUAAUGUACUGAAUACUAGAUACCACAAUGUUUUCAAGUAUUUUGUUGCUAAUUCUACAUUUCUCUAAAGGAAGUUUGGUAAUCUUUCAUAGCUCUGUCCCCCUCCCAAAGGAUGUUGAUUACUUCAGAAGAGAAAGGGAAUUGGCGCUGAAGAAAUGUUUACAAGUAAGUGAUGAAAAUGUCAGUGUGAAAAUACCCCCAUUAGAUAACGUUGUAAAAGUCUCAGAGAAACCAGCCUUAGGUAAUACUGCAGUCCUGUGCCUCAUGCUUACCUGUCCUACUGAACUCAGUGAUGCUUGCCUCUGAGUAAGCAUGGUUAGGAUAAGCCUGAAGUUCAGUCUUUUUAGUAAAUAAACUGUAUUCUAUUAUUUCAGCUUUUAUAGUUUUUACAGGAAAAUAAAUUGGGGGAUACGAGUGCAGUAAAAAGCCCAGUGCAGCUUGUAAGAGCAUGUAAGACCUUCUUAAUCCUCUGUGAAGGGUCUGGAUCCAUCUGGCACUGUUAAAGUGGUGUCUGAUGCCCAUUGAGACUAUUGGGGUAGAAGGCAGAAGGCCAACAGUAGGUGGAGCUAGAGCCCAUGACAACUAAUUCUAGAUUUGCCCUAUUCAUGUCCCUGCUGAGUUCUAUAAGGUUAACAAUGAGGGCUCAUCUACAAUGUCAUUUAAUUCAUCUUAUUCAUUUAUUUAUUUUUAAGUUAAAUGUUUUGCAAUAACCAUAUGACAUUCCUACUGAGAGGACGACAUCAACGUUUCUAUCGUUAGUGUGAAAACCUGCCUUUUCACUAACCAGUAGUAACAUGAAAAGGUUUUUAAAAUCCUCUGUUAAAGUAGCACCAGUGGUUGUUUCCCCCACCGAAUUUUCACUCUUGCAGUUUGGUUGCAGCCCACCUUUCUGCUGCCUCCACCUUCUCUGCACGACUCCACUUCUCAUUGUUGCUUCUGGGAGUGACCCUGUUUAACUUCCGGCUGGCUGGUGACUGCGGGUGCUGUAGACAGAAUGAGUUGUGUUUUAUUAACCCAUCGCCACAACUCACACACUUAAUUAGCUCUUUUGGAAAAACCAAAUGUGUGCAAUAUCAGUGGUACUGAUAUAAGUACUACAGCCAGGCAAACCAACAAACAAUGAAUGGGGGGGUGGAGACUUGGAAACACCUUUUCUUCUUUCCUUUCCAGACAGUGUGUGAGAGAGACAGGUGCUUUCUUUACUUCCUUCUGUCCUUUCCUCUACUUGUGGGGGGCAGGGGAGAAGAAACAGCACACGUGUUUUGCUGGGUGUGCACGUACAUGUGCUGUUGAAUAAAGAAGGGACAGACUGAAGAGCAGAUGGUUGGGAGGUGGGAAGAAUAGCUAAAAGAGUACAACACGUGUGGUUAUUGAAGCCCUGCCUCCAGGUGGUUAUACAUGCACAAAGCAGUCAGACAUGGACCUGCAGAGGUCAGCAAAGGACAAAUCGAAAAAGAAAACAUGGAUUUUCAGGUGCAGUGCAGAUGAGUCCCGAGAUCAAGCGCAAAGAAGCUGACAGCCAGCUCCAAUUCUAUGUAAAUAAGAAGGCAGGCCGGUGGGGUCUGGUUUGGUGGGGCAGUGCCCCAUUUGGCCUAAUGGUACGGCCUCCAGUGUUUACUUCAGUAACCUUUUGGAUUUUUAAGUCUAGUGGUGUGAUAAUUAACUAGCAGUGUUUUUUCUAGUUCUUUAAUUCAGUAAUUAAGUUCUCCCUAUCAUAGGGACUCAGGAUGAAUAAUAUAAACCGUAGUAUGUCCCUUUCCCCAUGGGAUCACAAACACUAUAUUGAACUGAGAAAGGAGAGGGGAAAUUCUGGAAAAGGAAAUAUAUUUAUGAUCACAACCAACUUUUCUAGAGUCUUCAUCUUAAUCUAACAUAGUGUUCUUAACCCCCUGUGGGUUAUGGACCCUUUGAAAUUCUGAUGAAAGCUUUGGACUCCCUCCUCAGAAAAAUAUGUGUGUGCGCACACACACACUAUUUAUUGCUUUGGAAAAAAAUUGUGGUAGGUUCACAGACCUCUGAAACCCACUCUAGAAUAUGAAAUUAAAAACAGCUUUAGUGUUCAAGACUUUCAAAUGAAAGUGUUUUUGACAUGUGUAGAACUCAACUGCUGCACCUAGGGUGUCCUGAAUACAGAACUUAAUUUCAGAGCAAAAUUAUUUUUCUGUCCUUCAUUUACAGGUAGCAGAGGCAAAGCCUCUUGUAAUUCAGGCUGAUGUCAUGCAGAGGGAGCUAGAGAUCUGUCUAAAAAGAGAAUAUACAUUUGAAAGCUUACCUUUGUCACUGCACCAGGUAAUAUUUGUCAUGUUUGUGAUUUGAAGACUCAUUUGGCAUUUUUCAGUGUGAAUUUGCUAUCAUGGUCAAACAUGAAAUGAAACGUCAUACAGCUAUGUCAGUGAAUAAAAAUAGGUGCCUUUAUGUAGACUUUUUUUUUUUUUACAAACACUGCAGCCGAUAUUUAGUAUGCUCACAAGUUGGUUUUCACUGUGGCGGCAGCAGUGCAAGGAAUACCCUGUACAUCUGAUGGCAAGGGCAUAGCUUCAUUCAGCUGAUUGCUUAUCAAAUGCCAGGAAUAAUCAAUUGAUAAUUCCCAGGUAGGAGUUAAUGACUAAGGAUGUUUCCCCUUAAUUAUCAGUCAAUUUGCAGGGUGUGGUCUAAGAUCAUUGCUCUGCAAGCUGUUCUGUGUGACAGAAAAGAAGGCAGUUACUCUUUGCGUUGUACAAAGAGCCACUGAAAGAGAGAGAUUUGAGAGACUUUAGUUUGAUUUAGCUUUAAAAAGGGCAGGUUCCAAACAGCUGCUUAGCCUUGUGACUUCUGUGCUUUGAGGAUCUGAUACAGGAUUAGUAUCUGCCUAAAGUAGGAUUCUGUUGGCUUCCGUUGUGCUCUGCUUAUAUGUAUGUAAACAGAUCAUAAGCCUCCAGUGUGCUGCUUUCCCUGUCAUCCAGAGGAAACCAGUGCAGCCCCAGACUUCUUGUUUGCUUUAUUGAGAAGCGAGGAGAGCAUAACAGCAGCAGAGCAAGAGUGAUUGCUACAUUACAUGAUACAAAAUAUGAUUAUAUGUGUUCUUCCCCACAGAAGUUGUACAGGGGAGCAGGAGAAUAUGAGCCAAAUUCCACAUAAUUACUUUGACUGGGGAUGGGGAACCUCAGGCCCAGUGGCCCAAAGCGGCCUUUUGCAAGUCUUUGGGGGUCCAUCCCCAGGCCACAUCCUCUCUCUGAAGGCCAUGCUCUCCCUGACCCUGUUUUGCACCCUUUUCAAUUGAUUUAGACUAGAGGGAAUAUACUCUUGAACAGUGAUAGUUUUCUAGAAAAAGAGAUGCCAGAACUUGCCACAAACACCUCCCUUGUUUUAUUGGAACCCACCUGAGAGGUGCCGGAACUGAGUUCCAGUGAGUUCCAGCUGAAAAAAGCCCUGCUCUUGAACUGUGAACGUGUCUGUUGCCUGUGGGAUGGAGAGGAGAAACUUCUGAAUUGUGUGUGUCCAUAACAUAGCCUAUUGUUCAAAGGUAAUAAUAAUAUCCAUUGCUCCACCCAUUUUUGACCUCCGGCAUGUGGCCUCUGGGUGGUUGCAAAUAGGGAAAGUGGCCCUUGGUCUAAAAAAGAUUCCUGACCCAGGUCUUACUUUGGACUCAUUCUAGUGCACUGGAAUGUUUUGCUUUGCCCCAUUUGGACAGCUGAUUCCAUACUGCAUCCUGUUUUUCAAAUGCCUCUCCAUUCCUUUCCUUUUCAGUAUUUUGCAUGUGCUAAUAAAAGAGGCUUAUCAGUAGGUCACUACUCCCUGAUAUACACUUGGGUCUGGCCAUUUCCUUGAAGGAAAUUAGUUUUGACAACUCAAAACCUUUCAUAAAUUCCAGCACCUAUAAAUCUAUAACAAUAUAUAUAAAUAAAAGUACCGUAUUCUGGAAACAAUGCUACUGUGGUUUUGUGUGUGGGGUUUUUUUUUUAUAAAAUCUGUUGCUUUUUGUAUAGUUUUUUACAGAGAGAAUCACGCAGCUGGUCCAAAGCAAAUAUUUACACAUGCUUAGAUGGAAGAGAUUUUGUCAGCACAGCAGUGUUAUUGAGCAAUUCUAUCCUUUGUACCAGGUAUGCUAAUCUCAUAGUGCCACAGAUCCUAAAAAUAGAAUCAUAGAUUUGUUGAGUUGGAAUAGGAACAUGGGUUUUCCUCCCAGGUGUGUAAUAAAAGCUCAGCUGUGAGUUUGGCUUGAUUUCCUUUGCAUGUAGGGGACAGAACUGUAAAUAUGUACAUACGGUUGAAUCCAACUAAGUCCUGCUUGGAAAUAGACCCCUUAAAAUCAACAGAUGCAAUUGACUUAAUCCCAUUGGGUCUACUCUGAAUAUGUAUGGAUACAACCCAUUGUUUUCUUUCUGUAUAAAUGAAUUUCACCUUAUAAUGCUCAGUAAACGUUAUGUGCAAGAUUAUGUGCCUCAUACGUAAUUAAUCAUAAUGGGCAGCAUCCAGUUGUGACAGCCCUCUGUGGCAACCUCAUUCUCAGUGUGUAGCUCAAAAAAAGAUGCUGCCUAGCCCCUGUUGCAAUAUUAUCCUUAGACUUGGUCAUAAUGAAGCAUGUGCACUGCUGCUUGUACAGCAAUGGCAACUCUCAAACACUUUGAGCUAAUGUGAAUUUCAAUUAAUAAUAAUAAUAAUAAUAAUAAUAAUAAUGGUACUGCUCCUUCAUCAAGGAAUAAAAAAUUCCCUGUUUGUAGAAAACAACUGUGAAAGCCUUUCCCCCUGCUAUGCUAAUUUUCUAUGUGCAGGAACUGUGCAUAGUAACUAUUACAAAUAAGAGAUUCAGUGCCCUGAUAAUCUGAAGUGCCAAAGUCUAUGGAAGUUAUACCAUAAGUGCCUCUUCCAUGUGUAAAUCAGUUUUAAUAUUGAAAACCAGAGGCUCAGGGGACUGUUAAAAGGACAUGGACCAUAUCAGCAAUGCCAGUUAUCAAGAUGUCAGCAGCCUGUGGUGGUUUUGAAGAUGUCUAUUAAAAGAGUCUCGUGUUCUCAAUAUUUCUUGGUGCAUGGACCUCCAUACAGUGAAAAGCUCUGAAGACUUUUUUUUUAAAAGCCCUUUCCAAAACAUUGUUUUUCAGAUUUUAUCUAGAGGACUACAUCCCCCCUCCCCCACAAAUGGCACACUCCUGUUCAUGAUUUGAGACUCCUUCUUCGGAGGGAAAGGCUAAAGCAAGGAUGUUCUAGAUAAUUAAUUAAUCUUUCUGAGAAAAUAAUGUCUCUUCUCUCUAUCUCCCUAGAAACAAGUGGCUCAUAUUAUGCAGGAGUACAAUGACGCUGUUCAAAGGGCAGCAAGAUUGUCAAGUGCCCGGGAGAACUUCCUGGCAGGAAAGGAAAACCCUACAAAUUUAGUGACCCAAGAAGACCUGGUUAUUUACACACAGUGGCUAGUAUGUCACCUGCACUCACUUAAGACCAUCCAUAACUACCUUCAGGUGAGAUGACAAUUAUAGACUGUAAAAAUGAGUAACUUAAUUAUGGAACCUUUCGGUCCCACUUGUGCUUUGAAUACAAACACUAAAUGCAAAAUAUGUGUUCUUCUCUGUAGGUACUCCAGUACUUGCCUGUCUCUCAUAGAAUGGAGAUUAACAGACAUCCUGUCUGGGGUGAUGGUGAUAAAUUCAAAGCUGUUGGCAAAACUGUAUAUUUGUCUCCCAGUAUCCAGCUCUCUAUUCACCCUGACACAUCAGCAACAGAUGGUAAGAAGGAAUUACCCUCAUGUGCCUUAGGGCCUCACUGUACAAUGCAGCAAUGCGGCAUUAGUUUGCAGUUGUUGCGUGUGGUCUGUCUUUCCCAAGUUUUCCUUCUGUUGUUGGGAUAUUGCAUUUUCCAAGCAUGCAAACUGUUAUAUUGAUGCUGGGGGAAAUACAGAGUACUCCCCAUUUGUUUUCUGUUCAUUGCUAAUUACGUGUGGUGUGUGGAAUUGAGCUGUUCAAGCUUCACAAAGGAGAUGGGCCAUAGCUCAGUAGUAGACCACUUGCUAUGGAUGCCAGUGGGUCUUGGGUUCUGCCCUCGGCAGGGGUGCCUGUCCCAUUUCACCACCUGAGGUGAAAUGAGAAGAUCUCCCACUGCUGCUGAAGCCUCACUUACUGGGGUUGCGCAGUGACAGCUUCUGUUAACAUCUCCAGAAGUCUCACGAGAUCUUGCAGAGUUCUCAUAAGAUCGCGCCACCACACAGAAUUCCGCCACUUGAGGCAACUGCUUUAGUCUGCCUUAUGGGCAGGUUGUCCCUGGCCCUCUGCAUCUUCAGGUAAGACUGGGAAGGACAAACCCUGUCAGAAAUCCUGAAGAACCACUGCUAGUCAGUGCAAACAAUACUGAGCUAAGAUGAAUCAAUGACCUGACUCAGCAUAAGGCAGUUUCCUGUAAUCCUAUUCCUACAAUUUGAGCAUUAACAAGGGCAUACCAUACGGUCCUUCCACUCUCUCAACCUUUCAAUCUAAGCAAAGGCCAUUUCAGGAUAGCAGCCAGGUGGGGAUAUGUAGAUAUACGCAGACAACAUCUGGGCAUUUAUUCUGAAAGGAAAUGAACUUUUAUGGAGACAGAAAGUUAAUCACGAUGAUUUGCUUCUUUGCUGUUUACUUUCAGCGACGCGUUGUCCAGGAACAUUUGUUUUAUAGUGUUAUAUUAAAUAAGGUCUCCAACUCAGUCCGCUUUAUAGAUCUAAGCUUGAUAGAUUAAACAGAAAAUUGAUUAAGCAAAACAUUAAAAGCUAAGAUAGAGCCAAGUGUAGAAUAGGAACACAGAUGGCCCAUUACUGCCAAGCAGUGAGAUAACAAAUUAGAUUACAUAUAACUCUACAGAUCCUCAGGAGCCUUAUUGAACUUUAGCAAGUUGUUGCAUGGUGAUUAAAAUUCUUGGUGUGUCAAUGAGCUGCUGUACGAAGGACACCUGUGUGGCAUAGUGAUAUCUGGGAUUCAUAGUAUGACUUGGAAGAAGUUUAUCAUCAGAAACAAAAGGAUACCUUGAAGGGCUGCUGCAAAAGUCUUGAAAGCACAAGACAGAAGCUGGUUACUAGUUCUCAAGCUGUAUUAGUACAGUUUGAAAUUGAGCUCAACAAGAAAACUUAAUAAGAAACUGAGGCUUAUCGUGCAACCCAAAAUAAGUGUUGACUCACCAAAUAUCUUCAUAGCAGAGGGCUCUGCUGUUCAAGAGUAACCAUUUUUUGUUAUGACCCCAGAAGACAGUUACAAAUAUGGAAUUUGGGGUGUGCAUCUCACAAUAACGUUUUUGUGCCACCACAAAACACACCCACAUGUUUAGAGGUAUGUCCUCUAUGAGGUUAAAUAGAGUCAUAGCAGUCCCAACACUUAGCACAAGACACUGACAGCUGUGUAGGCACAUGUUAAUAAUUGCCAGUACAGUGGUACCUCGGGUUAAGUGCUUAAUUCAUUCCGGAGGUCCGUUCUUAACCUGAAACUGUUCUUAACCUGAAGCACCACUUUAGCUAAUGGGGCCUCCUGCUGCCGCCGUGCCACCGGAGCAUGAUUUUUGUUCUCAUCCUGAAGCAAAGUUCUUAACCCGAGGUACUAUUUCUGGGUUAACGGAGUCUGUAACCUGAAGCAUCUGUAACCUGAAGCGUAUGUAACCUGAGGUACCACUGUAUAUGUAGAAGUAUAAGGAACAGGGGGUGUGCAUCUCUCUGCAAGUGCUGGUCCACACUAAAUCAUAAACCCACAUAUCCAGAUGGAUGUAAUGUAUAGAAGAUGGCAUAGAAGUGUCUGGCCCAAUGCUUCAUUUUGGUGUGAUAUACUGUCAUACAUGGUAACAUUGUCAUCUGGGGUUAUCACGUGCUAAUGAAUAUUGUACAAAAAUGUUGUGAUGGUUCAUAAUUGUGGUGGUUCUUGAAUGGGAGAGCCUUCCAGUUAGAGAAGAUGGGCCAAAGCUUACUUUGGAAUGCAGGGGCAUAUAAAUCUCAGUUCUUUUAAGUUGUUCUAUUGAACUGUGUUUCAAACUGUCAGGUGAAUAAAAAACUGGGAGCUCAUGCCGCCAAGACUUUUGCAACAGCCCAACUAUAUUUACAUCCUUUUAUUUGUGAUUUUAGGCUUACAACCUGGCCAUUCAAAAGGCUGGCCAUAUACUUUCCCCCCCGCUCCUUUCUUCCUCAGUGGACUACUGUAAUUUUAAUAGUUAUGGGGGCUGGGUGUAAUAUUGUAUAUAUAUAAUGAUGCACCACCAGAAGCAUAAAUUCACCUGAAGGCAACUUGUUUUAUGCAUCUUUUCAGUUUAUUCUUGCUCUCUUAUAGGAUUCCAAGCCAUACUUCCCCAACACACUGCAGAGAUUGAGGAACUAAAGCCUCAACUCAGACGUUUACUUUCUAAAUUUCGUAUCAGCUAUGAUGUGGAAGACCUGAAGCAUUCUGCUGAUGAGAUGGAACUUUUUUCUAUGGUAAUUUAAUGGUUGCUCUUAUAUUACUGUAUACAAUAUGUAUACUGAUGUGGUCCCUCCCUCUCCUCCCACUGAAAGUCUACAGCUAAAAGAAUAAGCAGUUCAACCAAUUAUUUACUUUGAUAUCAGCAGAGUUAAGUCUAUAAUGAUCUCCCUUCUGAAUUUUUUAUGAUCCUCCAAAGUGUAAUAGUAAGGAAUUUGGGGCAAAAUCCAGAGUAAUAUAAGUACAAUUAAAUCCCAUUUUAAGUCAAUAGAAAUUCAUUAUGAUGUUCAAUGAAGCUUAAGUGCAUACUACUCCUCUCUCUGAACUAUCUAACAUAGUAACUAUUUUGCGGUGCUCAGUGGAAACCUAUGUUUACUAGUAGGGCAUCUUUUUCCUGGGAUGCUUAGGUCAUGCAUGAGUUUAGAAGCAUUUUCAGUAAACAAGAGACAAUGAGAACAUUUCCUGUUUAUGAUGCUGGAACGCCUGGAUCGGAAACCUGGGGUAUCAGAGACCCCAACAUGGCUUUGAAAAAGAGAGCCAACUGGAUUCCUUUCAUAAAGGUAAUAAGAGCUGCAUUUGGGUGAUCUGAUAAAUUGUCUGCUCAGGCUAAAGGAAGCUGCUCUAAAGCAUCUAAAUUCCCAGCUUCUCAUUAGCAAACCAUGUGUACUCAUCUUGAGUUGAAGUGGGUUAAAUGGUCUCAGUUCAAAGGCCCUUGUCCAGAAACUUGGCAUGUGCAGAAAUCUGAUUGGCUGCUACCUUUGACAGAGCUGAUUGGAUAUUUGGACAGAGUAGCAGGGUGCCUGGAUUCAUCCCUUCCACAAGUGGUUAGCACUAAGAGCAGCAAGCAAAUGGUAAGAUCUUUGCACACAUUCAUUUCUGUACAACAUUGGCACACCUGGAUCAAGCCCAAAUCUGCUGAGUGCUAGGUUUUUUUUUCAUGCAAAGCAUCCUUUAGUUCCUGUAUGCGCAAAUUUGUGCACACAAAACAAUUCAAUAUGUCCCAAUCACCUGUGCUGCAUUAGGACGAGGAAUGUAUUUUCUUUAUGUUCCUUACACAUGGUUUUUUUUACUGACAAGCAGAUUAAACCUAACCAAGAUCCAUGGCAGCAAAAAAUGUUCAGGAAACUGAACCACCGGAAGGUUGAUGAACUGCUGCAGAUUCAGUCAAAAUUUUUAGAGGUAAUAAAAACUGCUGAGUAACUGUUUCUCCACUCCCCACGUCCAUUUUUUUGCAUUUCAAGGUUCUUGGUAUAUUUCUUACUUGUAUCCACUUCUAUCAAACCUGUCUCCAAUUUGUGUGAUAUGUAGCAGGUUUACAUUAAAUUACUGUAUUUAUUUUUACUUUAAGUGAAUCAAAACCCUUUUGGGUAUUUCAGGAUGAAGUUUUUAAAAAAUCUACACUCAUUAACAGGAAAGAAUUCCACAGUCAGUGAUUCCAAAGAUUGUUUUUACUCAGGACACCAUGAACUUUCAUUUUCACAUUUUGUCUUUGCGAUUUAUAGUGGGGUAGUGGUUGUUUUUUUUUUAAGUACUCUUACGUUAUGUCUAAACUUAUUUUCCAUUCCUGAAAUUUCAAAUCACUCAGUUGGAUCCAGACAAAGUUAGUCUAUAUUAUCUGAACUGUGGCUUCUUUUUUUGCUAAAAGUCAAAAUAUGUUGCUGUGACAAACUAGGUUUCCAAUCCAGAACAGGUGAUGGAGGUUCUUCAGGAGCAAGCAUCUGCAGUGCUAGAGCCAAAAUCAAUGACAUCGGCUUUUAGUACUUUUACACCUUCUUUUAAUUCACAACAAUAUGAUCAAAUCUGGAACAAGAUUUACCACAACUCCAGAUUCCAUCAGGUAAAUAUACAGAAGAUUUUAUAAACUGAAAUUUGUGUAGGUCUCUAUAGGGAUUGUGUACAUUUUCUUUUGGAAUGAAUUUUGUUACUUUUGAAGAGGAUCCUCCAAUUCAGGGUAAGUUCUAAUAUUAUGUGACAAGUGAGCUCCCAUUUGACUACCAUGUAUUUACGAAACUGCUGUCCUUGCUUUAUUUUGUGAUGACUUGCAUUUUGCUUCAUAAUAGCUGGACCUGAUAAAAUGCCACCACCAAAUCCUUGCCUUUUUAUUACUUCAGAUAAUCAGGCAUCAAUAUGAGUCAUGACCAUAAGAUUAUCACUCAGUGGGGUUGGUUUCAUGAAAGUUGAGAGCAUCGUUUAUGAUGCAUGUAUCUCAAAUGGAGUCCUGGAAGGUCUGUGUUCCAAAAUACAACCCCACCACCCCACCAGUUACUUCUUUGUUUGUUGGUGACUUUGGCAGUGUAAGAGAUUCUCAGUCUGCUUUGAAGUUGAUAAUGGUUUCUGAAAGUCCAAACAGGAACAUAAUACUUUUGUAAGAAAGAAAUGGAGGAGGAUGUUCCAUUGCAUAAGGAGAAUCCUUGUGCUGGCGAAACAUUGUCCUUAGUCCUGUGUUGAAUACAAUUCAGAAUGUGUGACAGAGGGAUGCCACCCACCUCCUUGGAAAAUAAUGGAAUAGAAUGGAGAAAUCUGCUUGGUACUUCUUUUUUGUAGUCCUUAGUAGGUAGCAAAGGUUGAUCUCUUGGUCACCAUAUAUUGCUGCUGUACGUGCCAUUUUGAUAGGUCACAAGUUGUACAAGCAACAAGAGAACCAGUGGGCUAUGAUGUAAGGAUUCCUUUGUUCAUAAUUAUAUAGUUACAAAAAGCUUGAAAACGAAAAUUUUUGUGUGUGUUUGUCUAUAAUAACUAGCCCUUAAAUAUGGACAGGAGCAAACCAGUGAUGAUGUUGAUAAUCCUACCAUGGCAACUGGUGAGAAGGAUAUGGGACAUUCCAACUUUAACAAGACCUCCACUUUUUCAAGAAAGAAAAAAGACCCAAGGUGAAAUGAAUAUUGCCGGUUCUUCUGUGUGUGAUGCUUAUGUUUAAUGCUAAAAAUGCAUGGGCUGUACCAAAGCUGUCAAAACACAAAUGGAAGGGCAGCUUCUCAAAUUGCCCUGUCUUCUUCCCAAUGUCAGGCAAGCACUUACCCAGGCAUUGGGAAGGAAGUAGGAGGGCUCUAGGACCCUGGCAGAGCCUCACACCUCUUUCCCAAAGCUUGGUUUAAGGCGGUACCACAGGGAUUGGGGGGAGGGCAUCAAAUGGCCUCACACUGGGCAGCAUAUUAUCAAGGUCCACCCCUGCAUAUGUGUACUUACUGGCACCACCUUAAAUGUGAUUGCACUAACAUACUCUCCUGGGCCUUCUAAAUGUUGUUCUGUUCUGGAGGUUUCCAUGUGAGUGAUUACAGUAGGAGCUUUACCUCCUAGAAAGCAAAUAUAAAGAGAUUAUGCAAUUUAGAUGUAACUGAGAAUCUCUUUGAGGAACAGUAAUUUAAUUAAAUUUCUCCUUCUUGGGGAAAAAAUGUAGUUACACAACGACCUUGCAGCUGCUGGGGUUAGAUGAGGACAUGGAGGCCGACAGCAAGGGGCUUCCCAUGAGGAAAGGAGCCUACUUAUCUCUCCUUCUUUUGCGUCACUUGCAAAUCCGAGAGCUGCAGGUAAAAAGAAAAACCACAUUCAAAUGUUCAUAUUAUGCAAGACUGUACAUAAUAAGCCUUAUUUUUAUUUCAUCGUAACCGUCUCAUUUGUACUAGAGAAUUUGUUUGGGCAUCCUCAACUACUUCAGAUCCGUUGAAAGAACCCUAACCAUCAGCACCUCAGGUCUUGCCUUGAGUGCCGGCCAUCUGGUCUCCACUGCUGAAGACUCCUGUUGGGUAAAUGCAGCCAAAGGGGGAAGAGGUGCCUAUGGUGGUCUUGGUUCACACCCCUAUGUGCAUUACACACCAGCUGACUAUAAGGUGAGGCAUUUGGGUACUUUGUAAAAUAGCUUCAUAGACACAUUAAUAAAAAUAGGUGCGGCACCAAGGUCAACGGGUGCUCCAGCUGACCUUACAUGCAGAAGGGCCCUGGUUCAAUCCCUGCCACUUCCAGAUCCCUGGAGAAUUGCUGCCAAUCGGAGUAGAGGAUCUGAGAUAGAUGGACCAAUGGUCUGACUUAGUGUAAGGCAGCUUCCUGGAGUAGGUCCUGCAUGUUAGAGGAUAUAGCAUAUGGGGGCAUUUAGGGGAAUCCCCAGUCUCCUUACAACCCCAGCUCUAUUUACAACAAGCUGUAUUUACCCAAGCUGAUGAAGUGCAGGUCAUAAAAUCAAAGCCAUAUGCCUUAUGCGGAAACGCAUUUGAGUGUUCCACAUCUGACACAGAGUUAUAGAUUUCUUAUCUCUGUUCAAAGGUCGAAGCAGACAAAUUAACAUUAGGCAUAUGCCUUCGUUGUAUUGCUUUCAAUGCUAGCUAAAGCCUUUUUUGCUUAGCCAGGCUACCCUGUUAUGUAAUUUUCUGGUGCACAUUUGCUUUUCAAACUUUAUUUCUCAUUUGAAAAAUAAUUUUAUUCUAUCUACUGUUUUUGUCUGUUUUUAUUCCUAUUGUUAAAUGGCUAUUUUAUACCAUUUUAUGUAAACUACUUAUGGAGAAGUAGUUUAUUUAGUUUUUAAAAUUAAGUUUUUAAAAUUAGUUUUUAAAAUUAAGUGGUGUAUAAAUUUCACUAACUAAAUAAAUGCAGCAAACACAUGCACAAAGUCUCCCUCCUGUACAUUACAGCCUCCCCCAUUACUAGAAUUACUACCCUAAUCAUGUAUUUUCAGAAGUGUCCCAUGGAUCUCAUUGGGACUUGCUCACCAGCAAGCAUGCUUAGUCUUGCAGCCUUAAAGCAAUCUGUUCUAUGGAUGGGUCAGACUUUUAACAUUCAAAAUUCGCCUUCAGCUUGAAAUUCACAAAAGAUACACUGCUUCCCCUCCUAAAUCUCAUUGCCAAUCAGAACUGAAUCUUCCUCCACAAGUUUACAGCAGGUAAAACUCUUCCAUACCUUUACAAAACUCUUGAAAGUUACACACACACAUGUAUGUAUGUGUGCCCACAUGCCCACAUGUACAUGCAUUGUUUUAUUUGGUACUUCUAAUAUAGGCUUCAUCAUGUAUUUAUUUUUAAUCUGUCCCUGGCACAGGUUCACAGUGUGCAGUUUAUGGAGUUUGCAGAGGUAGAAAACCAUGAUGAUUUUUACACCACAGAGGACAUGUAUGUUCACACCCAGGAUCAGCGAGGGGCUUUUGUGAUGUACGAUGUAGCCCUCCAGGACCUGAAAGAGCUAGAAAAACAGCUUUUGCUUGUGGCAACCCAGUACAUUGAGGCAGGGAAAGGUACGAAUCAGCACAGUUUGGUACACUUCUGCAAAUGAGAAGGACAGAAAGGGGGGAAAGGAGCACAAAUGGGAAUAAUCAUUCACAAGGAUGAUCACCAGCCCAAAAGUUGGUAUCCCAAAAUCUCGGCCAGGGUGCCUGACUUUGCUAAAUGUCAGUUUAUAGUAAGCUGCUUAUUGUCAGCUACUGAGCCAGCCUAGCAGAGUGGGACUCUGGACUGUUUUCAUAUGGUUGUGUGAAAUGUUGAGGUCUAUGUCAGUGUUUUCCAAACUUGGGUUUCCAACUGUUUUUGGACUACAACUCCAACCAUCCCUAACUAGCAAGACCAAUGACCGGGGAUGAUGGAAACUGUAGUCCGAAAACAGCUGCAGACCCAAGUUUGGGAAACACUGGUCUGUGUCGAUGGUGACACAGCAAGCACCUUUACGCACCUCAUAUCACAAUGUAUCGUCUAUAUUUGUUGUUGGACUGGGGCAAGGGACCUUUUUCAAGUAGAGGACUACAUUCCCCUGUGGGCAACCUUCCAAGGGCUGAAUGUCAGUGGUGGGUGGGGCCAGAGGUGUCACUCUUUUGUGCAGCAAGCUUCUUUCCAGCCAGUGCCAGAUUUAUGUAUAAGCUAAACAAGCUAUAGCUUAGGGCCCCACUCUCUUGGGGGCCCCCAAAAAAUUUAAAGGAAAAAAACCUGGAUGUACAUUUCCAAAAUAUAAGAUAAAAAACAGAUAAAAUAAAACCUACAUACAGCAACAGUGGCAAUUGACUUUAGAUAUCUAUUAGGUCCAUAAAUUACCAUACAGCAUAUAUUCAAUUCAAGUGACAGUUUGUUGUUGACAAAGGACAGCUGGACAUAUAAAAGGCCCCAUUACCUUCAGUAGCUUAGGGCCUCAUCAAACCUAAAUCUGGCCCUGUUUCCAGCAAUGUAAAACCCAGAGGUUUAUCACACUCAUCUCUCCAGCCUUCAUCCAGGCAAGCAAGAGGCAUCAUUACAGUUCAAAUAUUCAUCUCGCCCAGGCAAAAGCACUUAAGAGGUUGUGGAACGAGGUUGGUGGGCUGUGUGUGGCUUGGGAGAGCCCUGGGAGCCAGAUAGAAAGGUUGGGAGAGCCACAUUUUGUUAAGUAGGCAUUGUUCUUCCUUAGCUUGCUGGUUUCUGUGGAAAUGCCUGUUGUGCUGUUUUUCCUUUUCGAGGUCACAAAGCAUGCCGUGAUUCCAGUAAUAGCAACUACUCAGCCUGGGCUCAUGCAUCAGUGGAUCGAUCUGCAGUAAUCCUUGACCUUUGGACUUGUGAAACAGCUUUCUUAGAAAAUAAAUGGCAGGUGUAUAUAUAUAUUCACACAUUAUUUUUAAAAACCAACCAAUCUGAGCUCCUGUUACAUUCGAUAUUUUUUAAAAUUAAAAUUAUUUCUCAUCCUUGUUCCCAAAGUUGCCCAGGGCUCGCUCUGUGUGUUGGACUAUUCAAACCAACUAUACUUGCAAACAGCGAUCGUUAGCCUUUUUGGAAUACAGUAUUUGAUAUCCCCCUUCCCCCAGUCAUCUUAUGUAGCUCUAAUAGCUAUAAUGUAUCUGAAAAACUUAAAUUAAUUGGUUUGGAUAUUUUCCAGGGCUAUCAUAUUUCAGAGACUAAAAGUGUGAGAUAUGACAAAAUCCAAGGCAAAUAUCAGACUAAUGUUUCAUUGAUUUUCAGUGGGCUUACUCUAAGUAUCACUUUAAUCUGAAUGCUGCAUUGUUAUUAAAUGAAUAUGAAGCUGAUUUUUAAAAUUAUACUCAAUUUUUAUCAUCUAAAACACAGUACUACAAAAGAACUUGCAUUACAAAACAUUUUAUCUUGAAGCAUUUUAACUCUCCUGUUCCACAGCCCAUCCAGCCCUUUCUUUAUAGAAAUUAAGGUCCCUCUUUCCAAAAGUCCCAUCCCCAGAAUGGCUAAGCCACAUAAAACAUAGCUGACUAAAUUAGCAAAUAAGAGAGAGAGGUGAAAUAGGGAAAGUUAACUUUUUUAAAAAAAUAGAGAGAAAUUAUCGUUCUUUUUUUUAAAAAAAAACCACCUACAUAUUUUGCUUUAAAUCUAUUUUCAGCUUUUGAAUAGUUACUUCGAAGCAUAUCAACAUGCAUUGGAUUCAGAAGAAAGAUUUGCUUUGGCCCAAGUUGUAACAGACAUCAUGUACAGACGCCCUCGAUUUGAUUUCCAUCUUGGGUAUUUUGUGAACAUCUAUAAAGAUGAGUGCGCUUGCCUUGAGCUUCACCUACAGCUGGUGAGAGGUGUACUGAACAAACAGGUUAGUGGACUCUUUGAGUUAUUUAUUUAUUAUUUUUAAUCUGUUUUCUUACAUUUAUAUCCCACCUUUUCUGCUACAUGAGGCUUGUGUUUUUAUUUAUUUGGUUUUUAGAUAGAUAACCAACGUGAAUAUAACCACAGGAUUUGGCGUGAUGGUCCCAAAGGUGGCACCUGUGAAUUUGGUUUCCCCCCAUAUAUAAUUGCAAAACAAUUAAUUGCUAUUAAUAACACCCCGUGAGUAAUGACUCUCUCUCUCUAUCAUAUGAUGCAAGUACUGUAUUAUAAGGGAGCCCAUCUUUAACUUGCUCAGUCAGAAUCUUCCACAAAAAGUCACUCUGUUAUCCCUUUGAAUUAAAGCGAGGUUGGUGCAGAUAAGCUAAUCAAACUGUAAAUGAGUAGCUUUGUUUUGUCAGCUUUCACACGGACCUACUUUGCACAUAAUGUUAAGCCAAAUGAACAAACGUGGCUUUUCCAAAUGAAGAUUUUAUUGACAACAUUGCAAAGGGAGGUUUACAAAGGAAUUCAGCUCCCCAACCACACCCCACAUUACUCCUUUAAACUAUGGAGGUUUGAAGGAGAAGCAGGAAGGACAGCUGGGAAUGCACCUUCCUCACCAAACCGCCCAUCCCACUCCCCAUUGACCUUGCCAAACCUCCCCUUAGACCCCUCCAAUGUUGAGGGAAGGCCAAGAACAUGAGCAACAUAGGGGAGAAAUAUUUUCUCACAUUUGUCUCCUACUGACUAGCAAUGGUAGCAAAUAACAGCAGGAUGGAACGGAGAUAUUCUCUCCUUCACUUCCGCCUCUUCGGUGGCAGCAGCAGGACAAAGAAACAAAGGAGAGAAGGCCUUCCUAUCCUUCAUCCUGCUGUUGCUGUCACUGCCACUAACAGGAGGAAGGGGUGACAGGUGAGGUGGGCAGUGGCAGCAGAGUAUGGCAGUUGCUGAGGUAGUUUCCCAUCCUGUCCUGCCUGUUCCUUUGUUGCUCACCCGAGAUAGCCACCACCCAUGCUGCUAACUCACUUGGCUUGUCAGCCUGCUCUGCCUGCCUGAGCUGCUCACCUGCAGUGCAGUUUGCAUGGUUCCCCAUGAUGACAUUCUUACAUUGUCAUUAUAUACUAGGAUACAGAAUGAUUUAUAAAUGGAGAAUAUGUAUUUAUGCAGUUUACAUAAAACACUCGGUAUGUAAAGGUUUGCAUGGAAUGUAUCAGAUUUCAGGUUAGAUUAAACAAAACUAUCAUUUGUCCUAUUAGGCUCCUUGAAAACAAAAGUUAUUUCUCGUAAUGUAAUGAUUCUAUCCUUUCAGAAUGCUUUUUAAUUUUGUUUUUGUUUUUAAAGUUCGGCUUUGAAGAACAUUUAUUUGCUCGAGUUCCACCCUUCCCUUGGCCUAGUAUCUUUAGUUCCUAAAGCUCUGGGUCAUAUCCUUCAGGAGUUCCAGCAAAGUUGUAGGCCAAAGACAGCCAGGGAGGCAAUUAAUCUGGAAAAACAUGUACUUCAACUUGCCCUGGACACAUGGCUGACCAUGGAGCAGCCAGAGUCUUUCUAUGGCUCUCAAAUUCAGAAAGAUGUACGUAUGUCUUCUACAUUCUAAAUCUGUGGUGAUUUUGUCUUGUUUUUAAAUAAUUCAGGCUAUGAUAUACAUUCUUACCUGAAAGUAACUGCCCUUUUAUUUAAUGGGAGUUUCUUUCAAGGAGACAUAGGACUCUGCUGUUAGUGAUCUCUGUUGCAGACUCUACACAUUCAUGUCAGUUAAAAUGGACUGAUCUGUUGAUAUGGUCUACAAAUCUUCUUUCUCUUGUUGACACAGUCAACUGAAAGUUUCAAUACAAACUUUUAAGGAUUUUAUGCUUGUGAGAUGGACAAAUUCAAUGGCACCCAUGUGAUCUAAGAUUAAACACUCACGUAUUAGCUAGUAGAGAACAAUAACAGUUAUCAACCCAUCUAGGAGCUCAGAGAACCCUUAUUGUUCUUCUUUAGCUUCAAUGGAAUCUUCUAGCUAAUCCCUUUCGCCAAUACACAUAGGCCUUCUCCAUUUCAGUGUCAAUUAAACCAUUAUAUUUAACAGCCUUAACUUGUCAUCUGAACCUGGGCUCGUGGUUUGAUACGACAAUUAAGCAACAACAUUAUUUUUACUGACUGUUGAAAGGAAGUGUAUGUCCCCCAUAGUUAUUCACAGACGUUCUGGUUGAAGAUCCUUGUCUUGUAAGAGAGAUUGCUAUGUCAGCACUGAAAUCAGCAGAAGAGGGAAAGCAGAAACAGGGGAAAGAAAAGCAAGCUUUUAUUCUGAACAUCUUCUCAAGGCUCCUUGAACUUCUAACCCUCCGCCAUCGAUUGAUAGAGGCAGCAGUAGAAAGUGCACAGCUGCAGAGGUAAAGUAAUGGGCACAUGGGAUGGCAAUAUUGAAAUCCCAAUGAAGAAGGAUUGAAAGUAACCAUUAAGGCUUUUGUGCAGCAGGGUUUUUCCCCCUGCUCUUGGGGUAUGUAGGUUAAAAUGCAUAUCCAGUGUGCCAUAAUAUUGGGACUCUUGUUGACAUUUAGGACUCUCCUCUCAUCAGUCCCUCCAAACCACUAUUUCAGUUAUGCCGCCUUUAUUCCAUCAGGAUGGGGAACCCCUUUCAGCCCAAGGGCUGCAUUCUCUUCUGGGCAACUGUUUGGGACCCACAUGUCAGUGGUGGGCGGGGCCAGAGCAAUGAAUGUGAAUUUUACCUUUGUAGAAUAGGCUACUUUCCACACCACCCACCCACUCUUCCAUCUAGGCAAGCAAGAAGCACGAUCAGAGUUCAAUGACACAUUCCAGCCAAGCAAAAACAGUCAAGGAGUGUGUAAAGCAUAGCAAGUGUGGGUCCUGAGGGUCAGACAGAGAUGUCCCCCAGGCCCGAGAUUCCCCAUCCCUGUUUUAUACCCACAGUCAGAUUGCCCACUGUCUCCCACACCUAUUGAGACACAGAAUGAUUCUUAAACUCCAUAAUCAAUAGUGCACAGUUGCUGGCAAACAAAAUUUCUGUUUCUAGCAAAGCAAGAGUUGCCAGCAAGGGUGUCCCUGACAGUGGCUAAAGAAACAUUGCAAAGUUAGAUGUAUGUGUUCUUUUCCUUUUAGACUCUACAAAGAAUUUGCAGGAGAAAUGGGCUUUGAUGAGUUCCAUUUAUACUUAAGGCCCGUGUACUUUGAAUUUGCAACUCACAAAGAGAAAGCAGACCAGCCCUCACCAAUAUUUGUUACUUCUCUUCUAGAGCAUCAUGACAGUAGUGUGGAUAGGUAAACCAGAGCUUUAUGGGUAUUUUGGCACAUUUUCCUCUUCUUUUGAUCAGCCCCAAACGCAACAUAUCUAGGUCCAAAUGAUGUGGAAAUAGAACAGCUAUUCUUUCUUAAAACUUUCCAAAUUGAUCUUCUUUCUAAGCAUUGUCAUAAAGUGUGACUGGAGCUUCUGUUGUUUUAAUUCACCCUUUUCAAUAUUAGUAUUUUAAAAAUAAAAAGCUAGUAUAAUUUCACAAAAGAAAAGUGCAUACAGUAUAAGGAGUGAAAUCAAAUCCCCUCCCCCGCCGCCGCCAAAUUCAAUGCAGCUCAUCUAUUUCAGGGUUUCUGAGGCACCAGUGUUUAUUAUUAACACAAACUGCUGAAGGUUUAUUCCAUGAAAGAGACCAUAGCUGCCAUUCUUCUCCGGUAGUAUUUCUUAGAGACUGGGAUGUGGAUACUCCAUAAGCAUACAGAUAUAUUGGGGGCCAAGUAAUCACAUUUAUACUUAAGGUCUGAUUAACUUUGCCCAGUUAAUCAUCCAGCCCAGCUCAGUUGUAGCAUAACUCUCUCUCAGUCUACUCUGCAUAUUUGUACUGUAUUCUCAAUAGGCCCAGCCCUCCUAGAUUUGCAAAAUUGCAAUGACUCUAUGUCCCCUGGCUUCUAUGGGAGGGGGUAGAAGAGUACUGUAAUUAAACAAAUGGCUUUUGCAGUUAUUUGUAACCAAUCACAAACUAGCAGAAUGUUUGAUUUAGCACAAGUGCAUUUCAGAAAUUUGUUGUGACUUUCAGAAACAGAUUUCUUUAAAUCUAUACAAAGAAAUAUGUCACACAUCUCCAAUGUUUCCCUUGUGAGACAGUCAACCCCUCUAUUUAUUUUAAAUAUAUACUGCUUUUAUGUUGGCCAGCAUUUGGAAAUGUGUCUGAUUUUAUUUGUCUGUUUGUUUAAUUUAUAUCCCGGCCUUACUUCCAAAGAAGUCCACUUUGUAGUGGUAUAAUUGGAGACAGGGGCUUAGAUCCUAACUAAGCUUCUGCUGGCAGGAACAUCCCAUGAGUGGAGUUCUGUUUACAGGACACUCCAACUUUCACUGACCGCUUCCCCUUUGCUCUUUGAAAAUUUACUCUGCAGGUGCUGGAAGACUCUCUGAAGAAGCAUGACAAACAGAACCAGGAGCCCUUCAGUUCACACAAGGGUAGUUAGGAUCCAAGUCAUGUUCUGUAGAUAAGAUUAAAAAUAUUUGUAAUAAAAAAUGUGAAUAAGAAGCAAGCACAGCACUUUCCCUUUUCAUUUAUUUACAUUUCUACGUUCAUGAAUGCUUGCAUAUUGGUUUGUGUAAUUUAGAAAUAUUUACCUCUUGCAGAUAUAUUCCAUCCAGCUUAAUGUUAAACAUCCAUGAUAUUGACAAUCAAAUUGGAAAAUUUAGCUUUCGUACAAGAGACAGCAUUCUUCAGGUGACUGAAUUAUUUCCCCCCAGUAAUUCUCAAUACUGUACAACCACAAUGAAUACAUUUUAUUCCUUCCCUUCCUAUAAAUUUUCUUUUGUCUUGCACCAGAAGUUAUUUGAGAACCAGCAGUGUUCUGGGUUGUCAUUUUUAAUAUAACUGCACCCUGGCUAUCUCAGUCACUGUAAAUCAGGUAAGGGGGAUCUACACUGUGCGUAAAUUACAUUGUAGAUGCACCAUUUCUAAGUUGAAGUACCUAAUUAUAGCCAUUCAACAAAUUUUAAAAAAUGAAAGGAACACAAUGAAAUAUAUUUCAACGUUCCUUUUUGUUUUCCUGGACUUUCCUUCUCAUGAUUCACCUGGGAAUGUACCUGAUCUGCAAUAGUAUGGGGGAGGAAAUAAGUAUAAAAUAUGUAUUGAAACAGACAUUUAAAAGGUGAAGCUACCUCUUCUUCAACAUUUCCUCCAAAUAUUCUGAUGAACAUUGCUACUUUAUUUCAUAUUCAACUCCAUGUGGCAUCCAAUUUUACUAUUUGGGGCUGUGAAUGCACUAUACAUUUAAAGUGCAUUUUCAUUCCUGUUAAAGAAUCCUGACAACUGUGGUUUACCCUUCACAGAGCUAUACAGCUCUCAGUAUCUUUUGCUACCUUCAGCUCCCAGUAUAAAAGUAUACUGUAUAUGCAACCUUAUAUUGCACUUAAUUAUGGUUCUAGAUCUAUGCAGAAUAAAAUCCUGUAUCUGAAUGCAAGUGAAAAGUUUUCAGUGAGUCUAAUAAUAAGUACAUCUAUAUCAAGAGAAAACUGUGUAACUUCAUGUUACGGUUAUUAUAUGAGUCCUAAUAGUUUUUACCUUAAUUCUUCAGCUGUUACUGAAGUCUCAUGGACUAGAAAAUCUUCAGAUUGCUCUUGCCUGCCAAGUCACUCAUAAAAACACACUGCUUGUUGCUGUUCAACAGGCUGCAUUUUGCCCCAUGAUGCAGCCCUCACGGACUCUGGAUAUGAAGGUUUGCAUUUUCUCCCUCUCUCCAACUAUACAUGGAAAGCAGUUGUGUAACUUUUUCUUACUUUUUGAAAUGAAAAUCACCCACCAGAGGCUACAGUUGGAAGGUGAGUGGGGAAGGUAUAUGUAACCCUUCCCCUAUAGGCUACUACAUUCCUCAGAAUCGUCCUGUCAUGUUGUCAAGAUCCAAGUUUGGGGCAAGUACUCUUUAAAUCACACAAUAUGCAGCAAAGUAAAGCAUGGAAGUAUAGGCCAUUAGACCUUUAAAACAUGCCUUUCCAAGUGAGUUCCCAAAAUAGUACCCUAUUCACCCAGCAUAGGAAAAGACCACACAUUUAGUAAGUUAACAAUUGUUUACAUACGAGCUCUCUAAAGGUCAGGUUCAUGUGCUUUUCCAUGCAUCAGUUAGAAAUGUUGCACUGGCAGUAAAACUUAGUUUAGUUCCAAAUGGUGAAAGGUCCUAAAUUAUUGGUAUAAGAAUUUAAGAAUGGCUUGUGAGAGCCAUGCGGUCUGAGCUGGAGCAACUAGCUCAAACCUCUUUACACAUUGAGUUUCUCAGGUAGACAGAGAGAGGAACAAAGACUUGAUUACCUAGUUCCUCCCAAGGUGAGCUAAUCAUGGCAGGAUAGCUUACUCUAUGGUCUUAACCCCUUAAUGCAUUAAUUAGACCAGCAAUUUGGUUAUAUGAGGCGGUUUAUCCCACAACAAGAACCAUUAGGUAAUGGGCAGUGGUGUAAGUCUGUGUAAAAGGAAAUGUGUGUCUUUAAUGUUUCAGGAAGGAGGUCUAAGUCUGAGGAGUCAGAGCAGUUCAGCAAGUAGAAGUUCUAUGGUUGGAACUGAAACAGAAGACCAGUUUCUGGCCACAGCACCACUGGUUUUGCAUUCCAUUCGACAUUUUGCAGCAGGACGCAGCAUUUUAAAAAGGUAGGUUGAUAGUAUAAUGGGCUGCAGGGUGUUUUCCAUGUAUGUACACACGCAUGUUUCAAUGCACACGGCUCUUUCUUUCAUUUUCACCCUGAGGCUACAGUUCUAAGCAUUCUUACUAGGAUGCAAGAACCACUGAUAUCUUCAUGUUCCUGCCUCUUCCAGCACUUUCAAAGACCGCCAUUCCCAUAGCUUAUGCCAUGCACAUAUAUCCAUUGACAUGAUCCCACAGUGUUGCAAUUUGGCUCAAUCCAUACAAGUAUUCAUUUACAAUCUCAUGGAUAUUUUUACCAGCUUUUUUUGCUCUCCCCUUUCUGGCUGGGCAAGGAAUGGAUGAGAAAUUAAUUUAUUUUAUGUCCUGCCAUUCCUCAAAGGACCUCUAUAAUACUGUACUGGGGACACCCUACAUAAUAGGUCCUGCCCAUACUGUUGGAAUAUGUAUACACCUUCAGCUACAGAGGUGGUGUUGGAUCACAUUACGGGAAAUAAGUGUUUUAUUGUUAGAAAGAAGCCACAGCCGACAGAUAGUAUUUACAAAGUCACUAUAUUUACAAUAAGCAUGGAUUCCUUAGUUAAAGUCAGUCUGUUUAAUCAUGGCAUAAAUACUAAAUGUUUAUAAAGUGUAGAUAUGAGGUAAAUAUUAUUUCUUCAACUACGUUGUUUGCCUAUUAACAGGAAAAUGUCAGUAUUUCUACCUUCAGGAUAACAUUAUUGCUCAUUCUCCAGGCCUCGAGAAGCUUUUGUCUCAAUUCAGUUGGAGAAACAGGGUCCACGGGACAUGAUGCUGAACACGUUCAUUCAAAAGAAACAAAUCCUGGGGACUAGAAUGCAAAAUCCUGUAAGUGUGCCAGGAAAUCAUCUCGGAAUUUACAUACAUUUUGUUGUAUGUGUUUUCAGACUAACGCUUAGUGAACUUUUUGGCUUCAGAAUCAGUGCACUCCCAAAUGUUUGGGAGUUGUUUAAAAACACACACACAAUAUUAGAAGCUCAACUGGAGUGUAUUGUGGAAACUCAGCCUAAUAUAAACCAGCAUGCUUUGGCACAAAAAAGGUGGAAGCAGCUAGCAAGGGAUGCGAAAAAAGAAUUUGAGGACCACAUUGCUAAAUAUAUCAAGGCCAACAAUAAGUUAUUUAAAUACAUUACAGGGAGGUGGCUGGAUGACAAGGAAGUCAAAGAUGUGCUAAAGGAGGAUUAGGAGAUUGCAAAAAAGCUGACUGAAUUAUUUGCAACAGAAAAUAUAGGGAACAGUCUGGUGCUUCAACUAAUGUUUGAAAAGGGGAGUCUGAGAAACUGAGGCAGAUAGUGGCGAUAAGAGAUUAAUUUUUAGGCCUGAAAAAGGGCGAUCACACACAUCAAUAGGAAGGAGCAACUUCCCUAUGAAGAGAGGUUGCAGCAUUUGACUUUUUGAAUACACAACUUUCCAUUGACGUGUGUCUUUGUAAGAUAAUAUAUAUGCAUAAUUAUGUAAAACUGGAAAUCUUAUGUAAAAAAAAGCAAAUGGUAUAAUUUGUUGCAGGAGGAAGUUGAAAAAGUCAAAAGAGAAGUUAUUGUUGAAUACUGCCAUAAGUAAGUACACAAAAUCUAUACAGCAUAUCUACACCAAAGGCUAGUGGAGGAGGUUUGUAUGAAUGUAUAUAAAAAGUUUAUUUUCCUAUUCUCACUGCAGGCUGAUGCUAUAUUAUAUUGGUACGAUGUGGACAUUUCAAUAAUGGGGAGACAAAGCCAAACAGUCUGUCCUUCGAUCAGCUAGAAAAUAGAAGAGAGUAAUGUCCAAGCCUAUAAGUAAAAAACAAAGAGCCUGCCAAAAUGUAACAAAGCAAAACACAAACAACAUAAAUAAUACUAAAAUAAUUUCAACAGGGCCAGUUGGGAAGUAAAAGCAAUCAUGCUUCAGGCAGUUUCUGCAAAUAAACUGCCUAUAUAAGAACAAUUGUAAUAAUCUGGGUCACAGCAGUUGUUAGACAGUCCAUUAUGUUCUGGGAAGGGGGAAGAGAGGGAGGGAGGGAGGGAGAGUGCUACCAUUUAUUCUUCCCUAACAUUGAAAAUACAAUGUAUUUUACACAACACAUUUUGUCCAUUCAUGAGCAAGAGAGCACUAAGAAAUUGCGAAGUUUCUUCUGUGCUAAUAUUUAUAAUUUGGAUAUGUCCUUUACAUUUCAGUGAAAGGAAACAAUAAAGCAGGGAAACUGGUUCUUCAGAUAUGAGCACUAUAGUGUUUUGCUAAUGCUAAACUUUGGUACCAUUUUAGGAUGAACCAUCGUAUAUCACAAUACUCUCUUCGAAGUCAGAUCAUUGCUUAUUACAACAGUUUAAAAUCUAUGCUAGAUGAUUUCCCCAGCGUGAGAGACAAAUACUUCAUGAUUGGGUUACCGCAAGAGAAGAAAGAAAAACAAGAAUUAAAAGAAAAGCCUGAAGAUGAUCCCAGGUAUGUAAAUACUCUAAGCUGCUUGUUUAUAGAAUUCCAUAUCAUGUUGUUUUGCUAAUUGGGGACAGUGGGAUUACUGCUGCUAGCCAAUAGUUUAUUUCUUUCUGGCUAUUAGAUAGAUAUAAUCCCAUUAGAGAAAAAGGCAGAGUAUAAAUAAAUUAACAACAACAACCCUGUGGGGUAGGUUAGGCGGAGAGACAGUGACAGGCCCAAGGUUCCGGUAAGCUUCAUGGCAGAAUGGGAAUUUUAACCUGGCCUCCCCAAUUCUAGUUCAGCAUUCUAAUCACUACACCUGUUUGGAAAGGUCAAAGGAUAUGAGGGUAAGCUUAUAAAGAGAGGGAGAAUCAUGUGAAUAAAGCCUAUAAGUGUUAUCUUCAAAGUGGGAUUAGAAGCCCACCUCCCUUCCCCUGUUAGACGGAGAGGUAGCUUAGGAGGCUGCUAUUUGGUUUGCUUGUUUUAUCAUAUUUUCCUUUAGAAACUUGGAGCAUCUUGUGGGGCCUUCUGCUGUCUCUCGUCUAAUCACUUUAUCAAUUCCACACCACCUCAGUUUCCACACUGCUGAGCCUAUUUUUGCCACUGUUGUGUUGUGGGCCGCUUGGGAGAAAUUUGUGUAAAAAGGCACCACUUAAUGUAGUAAUUAUAAAAUUAUGGUUAUAUAGGUUAUAUUUCUUGUUUUUAUAUAUGAAUGUAUCACAUGCAGCAAACGAGAAACAACUGUAUAGCUAUUGUGCAAAAAUACCUGUUGAGUGCCACAGAACAUUGCGACGUGAUUGUGCAAGUAAUUCACUUUCCUCCCAAAACAACUCAGGUCAUUCCAGACCCGGCCUCGUGGUUUGCUGUCCACAGAUGGACGGUCCUUCUUGAAUCUGUGGUUCAUCCCUCACCCUUCUGAAAUCCUAUCUGUGUUUAAAAUGCUACCAGAGAAGGUUUGUACGCUAUAGUCCUGAAGAAAACUCUUGUCAAUCAAACUGUAUAGAUUAUGGUGGUCUAAUAUGCUGCCCUUGAUUCUUUUUUUGGUGGCCCCCUAGCAACAUUUGGCGCCCCUCCCAGUCCUUGCACUGCCUUCUCAAGCUGGGUAAGUGAGGCACUGUGAUUUGGGAAGGAGGUGUGAGGGCUCUGACAGGUCCUUUCUAAAGCCUAGUUAGCACUUUUUGAGCAUGGGGAAGAAGAUGGGAGGGCUCUAGGACCCUGCCAGAGCCUCGUGCCUCUUUCCCAAUGCCCUGUCCUGCACUUAUCCAACUUUGAGAAGGCAGCAAAUUUGGCCUUGCUCCCCGCCUGUUCGCCCAACAAGGCAGUGUACAGCUUGCGGCUUCUGUGUUGAAGUACUCCUGUGGCCCACUUGGUAUGAAAGGUUGGUCUGCCCUGGUUUAGAUUAACCUGGUACUGGUCUCUUUUGUCAUGUUGCCAUAUUGUGCUGCUGUUGAAAUAUUAUUAGGGGCUGGAUCCAGAGGAAAGUGUGCUAUAGGGGCCUUAGAAUGUACCAAGGAUUCUGCUGGACUAGGGAAUAUGGGAGGAUUUCUGAAAACUGGGAGGAGGACAUUUCCAUGAAUGGGGCGUUCCAUUCGCAGAAGUACCUCCCUCCCUUUUCUCCAGUCCCUUGCACCACAACCUUUACUCCCGAAGCAGCCGACAAUUAAAAUCCACACAAAGAUAAGAGGCUGUAUGAGUCGCAGAGUCACAGGGUUGCAGUGGCAGAGGAGACUUGCCCAGAAUCUAGCAGAAGCACCCUGUAUGAACAGAGUUGCAUGCAGUUUGGGCCCAUCCCCCCACCCUUGCAGUGUCCUGUGUAGCCUUUGGUUUCAACCCAAUGUAAUUAGGAGUGUGUGGUUAGGCAAAGAUUGGUCUCUUCUGCCCAUGGCGAUUAGUAAAACACUUGGUAAAACAAUCCAAGUUCUCUCCAGUGGGAGAGAGGAUUCCAGGGGGGAAUGGGUGAUCACCAGCUGUCCAGCAGCCAUGGUGGAGAGAGCCUUCUGAACUCCCAUCAGCUGCCUGAGGCAUGGUAACAGUUGUAAGAGGGAGGAACUUAAGACCUUAAAACUGAAAACCCCACUCAUUUCUUGAAUAUUAGAUGUUCUAUUGCUAUAUGAUGAGAUACAUGGGAGGGAGGCAGCUACAAAAUUAACCCCUAAGCAAAAACUGGUCCUCUCCAGUGGUAAUCCCAAAAUCUACCAACUCAAGUGGACUGCCUCUUUUGUCUAAUGGCAGAACUAUCCUUGAAUGAAAUAAAUAUAGAAAGCCUAUGGGAUAUUAGUAAUAUUUUCUGGAAUGGAUUUUGAACUGUUAGUAAAGGUAGCAGUCCAAUCUAGACACUCCCUUGAGGUGUUUUCAGAUGAGGCCUCAAUAUUGCCAAUGGGUUGUUGGCAACCAUUUCUUUUAACUUAUUGGAUUUCCCCCAGAAAUAGGGGGGAAAUGAUUAAAUGGGGGUGGGGGCAAGCUGGUGUUUUGAUGUUGAUGAUGUUGUGUGAUGCUGCAGUGCAUGAGAAGCACUGAUCCAGGCCCAUGCAGAGCUUGCCUAAGGCCCAGGGCAAGAGUCUUGAGUUAUAAACGCAAACAAAAAAAGCACCUGGUCCCUGGUGGGGCCCCCCAGCCAGCUUAGCCCUCUGAGGCCCAGGGCAAGUGUACCUGGCUGCCCCCCUCCCCUGUGUGGGCCUGCACUGAUCCCACAAUUAAUACCCAUUAGAUUGCAAAUAGCAGCUGCUGCUUUCAGUUUGUGAUUGCUAAAUGGCUAAUUGAUUAUGAUUUGUGUUUAAUUUUUGAAAGAUUUUUCUCCCUGUAUUUCCUUCCCUUUUCCAUAGACUGGCUUCAGAGCCCUGAGACAGACACUGCAAAUUGUUGCAGCUUUUCACGACAUUAUUUCCUACAUUUUCAGCUUUGCACAGCUAGGAAAUGCAACAGGCUGCCUUGAUUAUGUGUGUCCUCCUGACCAUCUCACUGCAGAAUGGGGAGGGACUGAAUGGAUCGGUUAGUAACAGAUGUUCUUCUUUGAAACAGAUAAUGAAUGUAAGGGCAAGUUUGAAAUGCGCUGUUCAAAGGAAUACUUUGGGUAUAGAUGUCUUAAAUCAGAAACUGCACAUUUAUGCUUAACAUCUGUGAUUUUCUCUCUCUUUCUCUCCCUCUUCCUCUCUCUCUGUGUGUGUACAUACACACAUACAUAUAUAUAUAUAUACAUACACACACACACACACACACACACACACUAUUUUCAAAUCAAGAGCUUCUGGUUUGGGAAAUAUUUCCUCAAAUCAUAUUGACUGGUGAUCCAGUCAUGUAUGGGUUUUCCUGGAGCGGGGGGGGGGGGUCUUUCCCUCACACAUUUGACACAGUUAAAGUUAAACAUUUCUGGGUUUUUGUGGUAAAUAUUCUUACUUGAUUGUCUUUGAUGCUCUAUGAGACUGUAAUCUGAUAUCAGUGAGAUUUACUGCUGAGUGAAACAUCUUCAGCUGAAUUGUCAGAUGUUCUAAAGAAGGACAUCCAGUUCAUUGAAACAAAAGAUGGGCAGGGAGGCGUUUUCUGGGCCCAUAUUUAAACUACAAACACCUAAUUUAAUGAAAAGGUACUAUACAUUUGCUAUUAUGUAUUCUGUUGGAUCUUGUUCACAAACCAAAUUAUUCAAUCAAAUAAUGUUUUAACUGUCUGCUGAAAUGGUUAUAUUGCAUGGCUUGCUGGUAGCUGAGAUUCAUAAGCUGGCUUUUGUCAGAGUUUUCUCUAGAAUGGAACGUGGUUGUAUUUUACCAGUUCUUAGGUUAUGCCUGACUGUGUGUGUGCAUCCAUGCCCAUGAGUGGAUAUAUGCAUGCAUGUUUAGACUCAUGAUCUUUGUGCAUGUUUGCACUAGGGUGUGACAUACACGCUGCUGAUGUUGAUUGUGUGGGGUGCUUUCAAGAAGUAAGGAGCAAAGUAAUGUUUCUAUAAGAAACUAGGCAACUUUCUCUGCAAUGGUUAAAAAUAGAUUGUGUGUGCAUUCUGAUCCUAUCCUUGGCUGUAAUUACAAGGGCUAAGCCAGUUUGCCUCCUUGGAUUUAUUGCCAUCCUUGGGACUGUAGGGACUGAGCUCCUGUUGUCCCAAAGCCACCAUUGCCUCCCAUAGGUUUCAGCUUGGACUGAAAUUAAAUGGGUAGAAGCAUUGGAUGUAAGAAUGAAAUAAAUAAGGCAAAUAAAUGCCAGGAUAUUUUAUUUAUGCCUGCUGUCGGGAUUCUAGGAAUUGAGCUCCAAGACCUGCAGAAAAAAAUAGACAAUCUUCAUAGUCCCUCAGAUCCAAAGAAAGUGGCCCAGAUGCUGAGCAUGCACAGAGAAGUUACACUUCUGCAAUUUGAGGCAGCUGUUAGACAUUCUGUGCGGUAAGAGAUUAGCAUAGUUCAAAAAUAAGGAUGUUGAUUCAAGUUGGGGGAAAUGUCAAAAGGAAGGAUCUGGCAGGUGUUUUCUUUAAGGCUGAAACUACACAUUAUGAGAAGUUGUAUAUCACUUUCCCCUGACUCUUUAAAUUUCUUUUAACCAAAAGCUGUCAUAUGAAGCUGUGGAUUUAAAUAGAGGAGGGGAGAUUCACAUAGGCUGCCCACCCCACCCCCCGGCCAUUUGCUCCACUUAAAAGUAGCUCCCUGCUGUUUUCCCAUUUAUUUGAGAAAACAUACAAGUACCACUAUCUUUUCCCCUGCCAGCUAAAAAGCAGCUGGGGGCAGGGGCAAAUAUUUUGAGGACAAAAAUGGCAGUGAAAAAGAGUUACACGACCUGUCUUUCUCCCCUGCCCCAUCAUUCCUUCAUUUAAAUUUGCAGCUUCUUGAGUUUGCUUUUAGUUGUCUUAUUUAUAUAUAUUAGCUGGGGAAAGUUGCACAUGAUUGUGUGUUUGUGUGUUUCAGCCUGUGAUUCCAAAACUUAUAAUAGCAGCGCCACCUGCGUUCUUACACCUGUUGUUUUGCUUUUAUUGGAAACCUUUCCGAAAAACGAAUUCUAAAAAUAGCAGGUUUCGGUAUUGUGCACCAAAGCCACCUUUAAAAUUUCUGAUCAUGGGAGGUGUACAUCUAGCAAUAUUUUAAACACUGAUUAAUCUCAAGAAGAUAUAUAAUAAAGAUAUUUAAAUGAAAUUGAUGUUUUCUUUGUUCAUUUCCAUGUGUUGCAAAAAGGUACUGCAUUUCUGUGUUUUUGUAGAACCCUAUGCUGUAAUACAUAGAUUUAAGAUAGUUGGUCAUUCAGAUUAUUUAAUCUGCACAUUAGCCAAUAAGAAGGUUUAAAAUAAUAUAGCAGCCUUCACUAACCAGGUCCCCUCUAGAAGUUUUAGACUACAGUUGGCAUCCGUCCCAGCCAGCAUGUCCAUACCUGAAGGGAGAACUUGCACAUCUGCCCUGUGGUGAGAUGUGUGUGAGUUCCAAAUGCACAUAGGUUAGGAGCCAGAGUAAACUCUCAGCAGUGAGAGAGCGCAGUGGGUUUGCUUGCUUUUCUCCAUCUUGAAUCAUAGAGUUGGAAGGAACCCUGAGGCUCAUCUAGGGUUUGGGAGAGUUCUUGAAUUCUACCAGAAAUGCUACAUUGAUUGCUGUUGCUCAGGGGCAUAUUUAUACAAGAAGCGUAGGAAUAAUGGGAGUCAUAGUUCUAUGAGCAAUAGGUCUCAAGCAGAGAAUUCUCAGCAUCCAUUCCUGAUCUCAGACUUCCUGAUUUCCAGGAUUUGGGGGAAGAAAACCAUAACAGUUAAACUGGCCUAAAACCUCUCUUCAAAAAGCAGGGCUUCUCAUGUCACUUUCAAGCGAAGCACAUCAUCAUGCUAAUUUUCUAAAUUAUGGAUGUAUGGAGCAGUUUGAAAAUAAGUACAUGUUAAAAUCAGACCUUUUAAAAAACAACAUUGAUUAAUAAAUAGGAAAUAAUUUUAUUGUAUUUGCUUUUAUAAUGUUUUUUUUUUUCUGGUAACCCUCCAGAGAAGCAUUUUUAUCAUCUGGAAAUGUUUCUGCCUAUCAGAGCAUUACGGAUCACAUUUACCAUGGCUUGCCUCCCAUAAGUAACACCAUUGUUGGAAGUGCCUUUGCUUCCCAGCUCCGGCUUCCGCAGCCACUAGACCCACAUGGCCACAGAGUGAGUAAAAUAGUCUUCCAAAGAUUUCUCUUCCUUAACUGUUUCCUUCUCAUUUGUAUCAUUGUUAGCUGUGCAAUCAGCACAAGGCUAUAUGUAUGUGUCUCUUUGUUGAAAAAGCCAAGAUGUCUCCUUGGGGUAUUUUCUCAAAGUACAAAGGGUUUCAUCACAACAGUCUCUGGUUUUUUUAGCUGUUUCUCUUUUCGCCAGUCCAUUCUAGUCCACCAGCAGUGGCAUAACUGAUGUCAAAAUCUGAGCCUUUUGAGUCUCUUGCAUCCUAAAUCUCAUGAUGGCUUAGGACCUAAAGCACUUGGUUCACCUCCUUAUGGCAGCGAAUGGUCUCUUCUCUUGGGUGGUUCCCUGCUUGUGGUAGGCAGGUGGCCCAACUCUUUUGCUGUGGGGCACAAUCUGUGGUCUUAACUGCCAUCACAAGAUAGCACAGUGUGGAUAGCAUGCAAAGGUGCAGUUUUUGCACAGAGUCAAGCCUGGUGGCUCAUUAACUGCAAAUUAGCAGCUGCUGUGGGCACAGGACAGAAUUGGCUGCCAAAAGCAGAUCACUGCUGUGCACUGCCCCUGGAUCAACUGGUAACUUGGGUCUAACUAUAUUAAUGAUAUAAUUAGCAAUCAUAUUGUGGGCUUUUAAAAAUUAAAUACCAGGUGCAUGGAGGGUGGGAGGGCAGAAAAUGUCAUCACUGGCAUCGCAGCCUAUAAGGAGAGGGCUUUAAGUCUUCCCUCCCCAACUGCAGUUUCAGUAAAAAUUCACCUUCCCUGCACAUGGCAGCUAGCAUUAUUAGGAAAAUACAUCUUGUUUAUGUCAAUGCAAGUUUUAUCCUAAUACUGUUUGCUGUAUGGGGGGGGGAUGGAUUUGAGAAAGGCUUAAUCCUCCUAUGUAUUGCUAUGCAUAUAACAUUUUUCCCCUCCAGCUUUUCUCUGAUCUGGUAUUUAGAGUUGCAUCCAAUGAAGUUACAGUGGUACCUCAGGUUACAGACACCUCGGGUUACAGACUCCACUAACCCAGGAGUAGUACCUCAGGUUAAGAACUUUACCUCAGAAUGAGAACAAAAAUCGUGCUCUGGCGGCACGGCGGCAGCAGGAGGCCCCAUUAGCUAAAGUGGUACCUCAGGUUAAGAACGGUUUCAGGUUAAGAACGGACCUCCAGAACGAAUUAAGUUCUUAACCAGAGGUACCGCUGUGUUUUGAUUAGCACAAGAACUUCCACCUGUCAGCAUUGAGCAACUGUUGGAUAGUUCCAUAAAGUCCCACAGGGGUCUUCUUUUGUACCUGGCUUGAUUUCAAGCUGAACUGUAACGGAUAAAAGGAAAGAAUGGGGGCAUGAUUUGGUGAAGUUGGGUAGCCUUACUGCCACUUUCUGCCUAGCAGAGAAAGGUGCAUACUGUUAGUGAAACUGCAUUUUAGGAUAUUUGGUUUAUAUGUGCUUGUAGCUUACUAUUACAUUUUAAAGUUGCAACUCUUUGUUUUUAGGCAGUGUUGUUGUUCCCAUGGAGAACAUUCCUAGCAAACACAGGUCCAUUUCCUGUUAUCAUCAGCAACCUAGACCCCAUAAACUAUAAUAUGCAGGUAUGGUACUCUUAUUACCUCUAAGGUGCAUAUUAAAUUCAACUGGGGGCUGCCAUCCCUACUCACCAACCCAACUAAAAUUGUUUUUAUGUGCAGUUGUCCUUAACCAAUUUUAUAUAUGUAUCCUUAAUAUAUGUCAUUAUAUUGUAAAUUGCUUCGAGGUGCCUCGUCACAGGAAGCGAUUCAUUCAUUCAUUCAUAAAUAAAUAAAUAAAGUAUUUUGUAAGUAAAACUUGACUGACUGACCUUUCUAGCUAUGUCUGUGUGGACUGAACGAUGAGGAUCGAAAAGUAGUCCAUGGGGAGCUGGUCGAGAUGCAGCUUGCAAUGGAGGAUGUACUCUGGAGUAAUUAUGAGGGUCUGAAUGGUCAUGGAGAACAGAGAACAUCUUUUGGAAAGGUAAAGUAGAGACAGCAACGCCAGGGCUUUUUCAGCUGUGGCUCCGAUCUGGUGGAAUGCUCUGUCACAAGAGACUAGGGCCCUGCAGGACUUGACAUCUUUCCGCAGGGCCUGCAAGACAGAGCUGUUCCACCAGGCCUUUGGCCAGGGCACAACCUGACCCCCUCCUUUGGCAAUCCUCACAGAGCCCAAUGGUUGCCAUUAAUCUGAUUUGAACUGAUUUUAUAAUGAAAUGAUUUUAGAAUGUUGUAUCAUUUUACUGAUGAUGUUGGGGAAGAUGGAGGGCACAAGGAGAAGGGGACGACAGAGGACAAGAUGGUUGGAUAGUGUUCUCGAAGCUACCAGCAUGAGUUUGACCAAACUGCGGGAGGCAGUGGAAGACAGAAGUGCCUGACAUGCUCUGGUCCAUGGGGUCACGAAGAGUCGGACACGACUAAACAACAACAACAUCAUUUUACUGUUGUUAGCCGCUCUGAGCCCAGCUUUGGCUGGGGAGGGUGGGAUAUAAAUAAAAUAUUAUUAUUAUUAUUAUUAUUAUUAUUAUUAUUAUUGACAUCUGGCACCAUCUUUGCAUGAACAGUUCAGUUUAACUAAUGUGUUUUUAUUCCUUUUUUGUAAAAAGAUUAGUCAAGUUUCAAGUUCAACAAAAUCACAUGGCUGCAGCACUUGUUGGAAUGUAGCAUGUUAGAAGAUAUUAUAUGGGAUCUUAUAUUAGAAUUGUAAACUACUGUAUUGUUGUUGUUUAGUUGUUUAGUCGUGUCCGACUCUUCGUGACCCCAUGGACCAGAGCACGCCAGGCACUUCUGUCCUCCACUGCCUCCCGCAGUUUGAUCAAACUCAUGCUGGUAGCUUCAAGAACACUAUCCAACCAUCUCAUUCUCUGUCGUCCCCUUCUCCUUGUGCCCUCCAUCUUUCCCAACAUCAGGGUCUUUUCCAGGAGUCUUCUCUUCUCAUGAGGUGGCCAAAGUAUUGGAGCCUCAGCUUCAGGAUCUGUCCUUCCAGUGAGCACUCAGGGCUGAUUUCCUUCAGAAUGGAGAGGUUUGAUCUUCUUGCAGUCCAUGGGACUCUCAAGAGUCUCCUCCAGCACCAUAAUUCAAAGCAUCAAUUCUUCGGCGAUCAGCCUUCUUUAUGGUCCAGCUCUCACUUCCAUACAUCACUACUGGGAAAACCAUGGCUUUAACUAUACGGACCUUUGUUGGCAAGGUGAUGUCUCUGCUUUUAAGAUGUUGUCUAGGUUUGCCAUCGCCUUUCUCCCAAGGAGCAGACGUCUUUUAAUUUCGUGACUGCUGUCACCAUCUGCAGUGAUCAUGGAGCCCAAGAAAGUAAAAUCUCUCACUGCCUCCAUUUCUUCCCCUUCUAUUUGCCAGGAGGUGAUGGGCCCAGUGGCCAUGAUCUUCGUUUUUUUGAUGUUGAGCUUCAGACCAUAUAACUACUGUAUAUAUGAAUACAACUACUGUAUAUAUGAAUAUAUAUAACUACUGUAUAUAUGAAUACAAAACCUCUGCAUGCAAACUGGCAAGCGUGUGUCUGGCACAAGUGACUUACACAAGUGGCACAGUAGAUGACUGAGUCAAUCAGAAUGCUAACAAAUGUGGUGUACAGUUUUGUAUCUCUUGAGGUUCUUCUCUUUAUCAACGUGAGUAGUGUGAGGUGAUGCAGCUUUUGUGUCUAAAACAUCUGCUCUGCUACAUUUUCUCUGCCUGCAACACUGUCAACACUAGUUAACACUGUAAUGCAGCCCUGCCCUGUGCCAGCCUGUUAUUCUACAGUUAUUCGGUCUCUCUAAUCCUCCCUCACAUAUACACAGAGAAGUCCAAUCUCCCUUCAAUUCACUCAGUGUGGAAUGGGUUUUUGUGUAGGAGAAGCAGAAAGGAUAGCUUCCGGCCCUUCUGCCAACUUCUGAGGGCAUGGCUGUCUUGUGAGUGGCUGAUCAAAAGCCACCUGUCCAUCAGAGCGCACCUGGGUCAAGAGAUGACUGUAACCAACAGACCUUUGUUCUCCAUACUCCAUCUGACUUUCAGUGCUGCUACGUCAAGUGUGAGGAGACCAGAAGCAGCUACUGCAGGAUAGAUACAACUGAACUAAAAUUGUUUUCUUAAUUUUCUUAAAAGCACCAUUCUGCCUCUUCCCUUUGUCAUCCUAACUUUUAUUCUUAAUUAACUUAUUAAUAUUGACUGUUCAGUUUGUGUAUGCAUUUCUGCCAGGCUCAAUUAUUUCUUCCUCCUGUGCCUAGACCAUUUGGCUUCAUGCUUCACAUGCAUUUAUAAGUGGGAUUUGACAGAGAAAAACAAGCUACCUUGGGCUCUGGUGAGAGACCAGGAAGCUGGGUGCUUUCUCUCUGUUUCUCCUCAUAUAAAUAUUUACCUUGGACCCUCAGGUUUCAUAUUCCCCACCCCCAGAUUGGAUGGCAUGUAAGGAAAGUGUGGUAGGCAUCUACUUGAGAGUCCCUAGCAUGGCUAGCCUAUCCAGACUGGCAGUCAUGGCAGGAAGAGAGAGUAAAAUUCUUCCCUGCCAUUAUAAAUGUAUUCUGGCUUUAAGCUUCUGUGUCUGACGCUUUCCCCACAAUGAUUUUAGCAGAAUUUGGCAAUGACAAUUGAAGCAAGUGGAAGGACUUCAAAAGCACUGUUGGAGCUGCCUGAUUCAGUGGCUUCAAGUUCCUUGCAGAAAUCUUACCUGAUACUGUGGAAGCAACUGGAAAUUUUAAAAGCAGAAUGGGGAAGGCUUAAAUUAAAAGUUGAUGAUAUCAAUACAGUUCCUCUAUACAAGCAAUUUACUGAACAAUACGGGUAAGUUCCAUUUCGAUGUAAUAGAUUUUGGACUGGAGGUUAAUCAUCAACAGUGCAGACAACAAAGUAAAGAAAAAAACAGUACUCAGUGCUUUUUUGUUUUCCUGGGUUUUCCUUGCUCUUUUAUUAUAAAUUUGAUUUCAUUUUCAACAGUUAAAACUAGAUUACUAGGAAACAUGGCAUUUCAAAAUCUUGUCUAUAAAAAAGCAGGGUGGGAUGGAAAGGAAAAUAAAGUGGAAAAGGGCUUUCUUUUCUUUGGCUUUCUCCACUGCAACCAGAAACCAACCACAGAGUGUUUAAUAAGGCACAAGGAUGCAGGAACCUGCCCCACCCACCCUGCCCAUGGUACAUUAUGAUGACUAAGUUACUGUAUAAUGUGAUUCAUAAGGAAAGCAUUUUACUUGUAUUUCAGUCAUCCUCACAACAACCUUAUGAGUGGCAAGGGAGUGACUUUCUUGCUUGCAAUCAGCCAGUUAGAAAUGUGAUCUAUGAGGCUUGUGGACUCAUACACAGUGUAGAUGAUCAGUUGUAGGUUUCCUGACCAUUUUAUCAGUCCAGUUAGAUCCCAUCUCACACUUGCCAGGUAAAUCUGUUAACUCCUUUAGGGAAAUUGUGAGGAGAUGGCUGACAUGGGAUCAGGGAAGUGGCUCUCUUGACAAUGUAUCACUAGGAUUUCUUGAUUUUCCUGCCAAACAGGAUUCAAUUAGGUGCUUUUUGAGUGUUUAGGAAAAGGAACAUGCCUUAUUCUGGAGGCAUAAUGGAGUCAGAAGUUCAGAUUUUGCCACAUUCCCAACAUGGAAUUCACCUUCUUCACAAUUGCCACACAUUGGGUCAACAUAUGACCCCCAGAUUUCAUUGUUUAUCAUUCACCAACCCUUCAGACCUCAUGAGCAACACGUUGGUGUGAAAUUAAGAAACUUUUUUUUGCCCCAGUUUUCAUCACUUUACACUUGCACUGCCCAUUUACCCAGUUUGGAGAGAUUCUUCACAAUCCUUUUCUGUUCUAACACCCUUGAAAAAAAAUGGUAUUUUCAUCAAACCUGGCUGCCUCAAUCACAAUGAGCCUCAAUCACAAUGAGUCUCAAUCCUUUAUGAACAAGUUUAAAGGCACAUAGAAAAUUGUAAUAUUGAGGGCAUGCUAGAAACCAAUUCAAAAUAAAUGGAAAACAUUAAACAAGAGAAAUUAAGCAUGUACAAUGUCUGUAUCUCUGCAUUUUUCUAGUACUGAAGUUCUGUAUCCUGCUAUGAGAAGCAUAGCUAUACAUAUGGGUAUAGAAGAUGAACUUGAAGCAUUUGGAUUGAUAUAUCACUCUAUUCUGCCCCCUAAAGACGCUUCAGAAACUGAGAUAAAAACACACCAGGUAAAACAUAGCUAACGGGAAAGCAGAAUACAAAAAGAGAAUGAGUUUAUACUUUUUAAAAUUGUAGUAAAAUAUAGUUUCUGUGGUACAUUAGAAUGCCAUACAUUAGAAUCCUUCCCAGCAGCUUAAGAUAGUACAAAUGCUGUGAGUUGUCUGUCCAUAUUUUACUUGUUGCAAACAAAUCCUUAACGUGACUAUGCUGCCUACAUAAUGGCUGACUAAGCCUCCACCACCCUACACACACACACACACACACACACACACACCCGCCCUGAUCUUACACACACAGGUAGCCUGAAUAGUGUCUGCAGGCAGAAGAAGCUACCUUAAUAGUUUUCUUCAAGCAGAAGUUUUGUAUCUGGCUCUGAAGCUGUUUGGAAAGUUUGCAGAGGCAUAUACGAUAGUGGCUUGUGCUCCUGGCAAAUGGUUCAGAUAACCUUAGACAACAUGGCCCACCAAACCAAAUGCCGCUCAGCAGGUAUUUGUUGGAAACAUGCUUAUACCAAAUAAAACUCUUGCUCCAGCCAUUGCUUACACAGUAUUGUUUACACAGCCUGGCAGUGACUCUGCCUCUGAGCUGAAAUGUUUGGUGACUUGCUUGGGGCUUGAUAACUGUCCUGUUUUUCCUGUCCCCACCAAGCAGCAAAAAACCAGAAAGUUUAUAAAGUCCUUAAUACAUUCAUCAGGUCAAAAGGCCUGAGUCAACCUUUUUGACAGGUCAGUCCUCAGCUCACAGUACCUCUGGCAUUGCUCCUGAUGCUCUCUGACAAUAACUAUCAAAAUAUUGCUUGUAUAAAAAUGUACUUUUGCUAGGUUUAUGAUUUUUUAAAGCUGUCAGGCUGUCACUUGAUUAAAGAAAUCUGGCAAUUAAUCAAAUUAAUUUUCAUAGUUUAAUCAAUUAAAUACACAUAAAUAAGUCAUUGUUUUGAAGAAAAAGCAUACUGUUUUAAUAUAGUGCAUGCAAAUGUUGUACCACUGUAGAUGUGCGCUUUCCUAUUACUUGAGAGCGCAGGGAGACUGCCUCUUCCAAGACAGACCUGCAGUCUCAUAAGUACUAUCAUUUUAAAAACAAUACACUUUAAAGUAUGUGUUGUCUAUUUAAUUCAGAUCCCAUUUUAAAAUAUAUUAAAGUGAUUGAUUUAAAAUUUUAACCCAUUGAUCAAUUAAAGAUUGUAGGCCUUAAAAAUGAUUAAAGCUGCUGCUGCCUCAUUUAGAGUUUGGCCUUUACUUUUUCAUUUUAGGAAGUCUAAAGUGACUAUAUACUUUCUGAAGAAACAUGGCUUCUGAAUGGUUAAAUGAAGAUAUAGUUAAAAGCAAGCUAGUUUUUUUCUGCUUUUUUUUAUCCUAGCUGCAAAAACUCUUGGAAAGUCUAGAAAUACAUAUGAUCCGUGAUGUCCAAAAGAAAGUUAACAAAGAAAUAACGCUGGUUAUAUCUGAAAAAACAAGAGAAGAAAGAAACCUCUCUACAGGUAACAACUGAACCCAUCUUGCAUCUAGCUUCUACUCCAAGUUUUGUUUUGACGGGGGGGUGGGGAGUGAGAAACAACACCCAGUAGUUUCUUGUGUACAUACCACAGUCACUAUGUCAGCACCACCCUGAAUUUCUCCAUAUAUCAUCUGUCUUUGGUGGUUAGCCAUGACCCACAUAAUACUUUCUUCAAAGCGCUGCAACUAAGGAGUCAUGGAGAAAGUUGCCACACUAAAAAACACUAAAGCUGGACGCUUGGAGAUGCUUUCUUCAAACAGCAAGUGUAAAGAGGCCUCUGCAUAUAUUCAGUAGCCCACAUUUGUGUUGUGUUAAGCCAGAGGUAACCAACACUGUGUCCUCCAGACAUUGUUUCAUGUCCUUCUCAUUCCACUUUUAUCAGCAUGUGGGAUACAUCACUCUUGCUGCACCUGCAGGUUUUCUUUUUCCUUACAGAACAGUGGGACUUGUGCUCUGUCAAAGAGCAUGUCUAUAAUAAUGAUAAUGAUUAUGAUAACUUCAUUAGUCACAUUCAGGCACCCUUUGUCUGCCUGCAAUUAUGAUCUUCUGUGCUCCUGCACAUUUGGGCGUUUUAUAUUUAAAAAAAAAGUAGCAUAGUAGGACUUGUGCUCCAUCAAAAAGCCUGUCACAUUUCAAGAUACCCAGUGUUAGUCAUACUCAAGGUAGACUGAGGCUUCCAUGUUUUAUUACUCUGAAGAUUGAAGAAAAAGACCCCCCACCCAACCACAAACAAAAACUUGUUCUUUCAGAGCUCUGGAAACAUCACGGCAUGCAAGAAAUCUUCUCUGUCACAAGGCCAGAAAUUGUUGAAUCAUUUGUACAGAAGCUAAUGGAAAAUCACCAAGAAACUGAUGUAGAGGUACAAAAAUUGUGUUUCUUUUCCAGUGAUUGAAAUCUCAUGGGGCAAAAUAACUGCAUAACUUAGGUUUUUCUUGCUCAAAUAUGUGCUGUGCUACAGGCAUUUUCUGCUAGAGAUAAGUACUGUCAGUCAUAUCUAAGUCAUACUGAGAGGAGCCCCAUUGAAAUCAGUGGACUUAAGUUAGUUGUCACUAUGAUUUAGUCAGAUACCAUCCAAUGAGUCUGUUCAAGCAUGUUCUCCAAUUUUCAUAUUCCAAAUUAUUUUGCUGGACCCAGGGCACACAUUUCCCUGGAAAUGCUGUUUUUGCCUCCUCCAUGGGCACAAGCUGUUUUUAUCCCAUGGUUAAGGGGAAAGUUCUCUUGCAUAUUUUUUAAUUUAAAUAUUUCACCAUCUAGUCCAAGAAGAUACAUUUUAGAGCUGGGUCCUGCCUGGCAGAAAUUAUUAAACCUGGCUACUGAAUCAAAUAAAUUAUCCAUCUAGCCUAGGAGUAGCCAAAAUGGUGUCUUCCAGUUGCUGUUCAAAUGCAGUUCCCAUCAGGCCCUGUCAGCAUGGCCAGUAGCCAAUGGUUAGGCAUGAUGGGAGUUGUGGUCCGGCAACAUCUGGGGGCAUUGCAUUGGCUACCCCUGAUCUAGUUGAUCCUGAUUGGUGGAAGGUACUAAGGAUCAUUUUUGAGGUUUAGGCUAUCCUAUGCAUCAUACCAGAAAUCUUCAAGCAGAAAUUCUGGUGACAGGACCUUGGAUGUAUGUGCUCUGGCACCAGUGAACAAUGGAGGAACCACUGGAAGUGAAUAGAUUUAUCUGUGUGACCAUCAGAAAAACCUGACAUUUUCAUUUUUUGUUUCCCCCCUCAGAUAACCUUUCCAAAAGACCACGUACAGAAAUGCUUCACUGCUUUGGGUUGUGAUGUCAUGGCCAGAGAACGCAGCAACUUUGAGACCUACUCCAUGUUUUAUGAAAAUAUACUCCGUCAGCAACAUCAGCUCCUCUAUCAAAAAGAACAAGUAUUCUCAUACUGUUGAUUGUGGUGGAAGAGGGGUCAUGUGCUGCAUUGAUUGCUCGGCCAAACAAGUAAAAAAAAAUAGUUGACAGAGGCUGUUGAUGGAGAAACCAAAUGAAAAAUGCUUUUUCAUUCUCUUUCAGGAAAUGCAUGUUAUAGAAGACAAGCGAGGAAAUGCUGAGCUGGGUCUUAGUCAGGUUAGUGGCAGUAGUUUUAUUGUUUUUAUUCAGGUAACCUCAGGAAUAUCUCUCAGGGCCUGGCAUCUUAAUCCCCCCGUUAUUCAUUUUUGAGAAAAUGAGUUAUAGCAUAGCAUUUUCCUCACCUUUUGCUAGGUAGCGGAGCUGAGUCAUGAGAUGAUUAUGGAAAUGAUGGCUCUGAGAGCUAGAAUUGCUGAUCUCCAAGGAGAAGCCCAUGGCCUCAGAGACAAGAUCAGAAAAGAGGUGCAAGAAGAUUAUGAAGCAUUGGUGCAAAGCAUAUUUAUGAUCUGUCUGCAAUUAAAAGUAGGUACAAAAGCAAGACUUAAUUGGAUACAGCCCAUGACUUGGAUUAUAUUGGAGAUUACAAAGGCCAUUUCCUUUGGAUUCCUGUCCAUAGAUUUAUAUUCUAAGAAAGUUGUGUUUGUUAUAAUGGCAUGGUUUCUUGUUUUGGUUUGUAAGUCUAUGGAUAUACAAAGCCAGGACUUCAGGCUAUAGCCAGCCUCCUCUGCAACAUCUGCCUGCUGGUUGUGUGAAUGUGAUACCUAGAAGCAGUAGCCUCAUGACCUUUUCAGCAUUUCUUUGGUGCAGGUUUAUUUUGUGGAGUAACCUGUUAGUUAUUGCAACAUAUCUGGAUAUUUUUUCUUGAAUGGAGCACUUCCAUUGCAGAAGAAUCACGUUAUUUCAGAAAUAAAUCAUUUUGUUGCUGGAAAAAUAAUUAUUAUAAUUAUAUUUUAAGGAAAUCUUAUGGAAUUGCUUGCCUUCCUUUAAAUUUAUGUACAUUAAAUGGCAUGUGCAGUCUAUGGCUUCUUGUUGUGGUUGCAGGGAAGGGUGGAUGAAUAUCGUCUAAGCAUGAGCCAACGCAUGUUUGAGAUCAUCAGUGAGGUGAGAAGAGAAGGAGUGGACAAAAUGAUUGACUUGAAGAAAAAGUACGGCUCCACAAAAGAUAACAAGACACUCAAAGAACAUUUGGCUCAGGUAAGUUGAUGUGUGAGAAAUGUGGUUUUAAAGAAUGUUUUCUAGAAAAGGAGUUCAUAGGCCCAAUUAAAAUGCCCAGUGCCAAAAGAACUUGGAAGAGCAUGUUCUUGCUGUUGUGGAGACCCUCCUCCCAUAGGAACCACUUGGGGCACAAAGGCCCCAGGGUCAGGCCCUCAUCAGGUGAUCUUUCUGAGCUGAGAUAAGGGCUGGCAUCUGCAAGGAACAGAGUGAACACAGUAGAAGGAUGUAGCUCAUUGGUGGAAUGUUGUUCACCUAGAGAAUAUGCCCUACAGGCAAACCGCCUGCUUUGCUUUAACUUUUUUCCUUUCCAUAGGCCUUUAAACAUAGGGCUCAUUAUAAGAGACGGCUUUAAUGGAUUUUCUUGUGUUACGGUUUAUUUAUUUAUUACAUUUGUAACCUGCCCUUCCUCCCAAAGGAACUGAGGGUAGUUAGCUGCUGCAGUGUAGCAGCGAAAGGAGUGAGCUAGCAGACAGGAAGUUCCUGGUUUGCAUCUCGCCUCUGUCAUGAACUUCAGGCCAGCUACUCUCUCUCACCCUCACUUCCUUUCCACCUGCAGUACUGGGAACAGUAACACUGACUCAUUUAACAUUUGCAUAAUGAGUUCAAGUGUUCAUAGCACUUCAACAUGUAUUAUAUGCCUAUUAUCCUUAUAGCGACUCUGUUAAGUAUUACUAUAAUGUUUAUUAUAAUGAGCCUCGCUCGGCAAAUCCAAAGUUGGGUGGAAUGUAGUUAAGCAGAGAAAUAAAUAUGAUUUGGCUUAGAACAAAAGUUGUUUCUUUCCUAGAAAGUUCUGAAGCUGAAAUGCACCUGUGCUUAAAAUGGGCAUUCUUAUGUUUUUGAAGUGUUCUGUUUUAUGAUUUUAAAAUUAAAUGUAAUCCCAUUCCAGUUAGGGUAGGUUGUAAAUUUACAUGUUGGUUCUUGCUCAUCAAAUCAUUCAUAUGCACUCUUAAGAGUUUUGCUUGUAUGAGACCACACAGAGUAGCCAAGAUGCUAACUGUUCAGAUUAUUGACUUUCUAAAAAAGCAGAUGUUCUGGAAGAUAAAUAUAGUACAAAUGGAGGAGAAAGCUCAUAUAUCAGAUUUGACCCAGAACUGGAGAAAUAAAACCCAUUAUAGAUACUUUGUGUGCAUCAUUGUGGGCACAGCUGUAAUGCAAAAAUAAAAAUUUCAAAGCUUAGCUCCGUGUGAUAAUAAGCCAAGCCACUGGUUUGCAUAACAGUCACAGAGUGAAUACUUUGAUUUCAGAUAUGGGUGUGUUAUCAUGGAUGCACACUUUAGUGACUUGAGUUUCUGCUGAGUGUUCACUUUUCUUUUUUCACAAGUACAGACUCUGAUGCUUAUUCUUAAAAGUGCAUAGUCAAGCAGCUGCUGGAGCUUACCUUGACUAGAAUUAUCUGCCUUCUUAGCAGGGGCACCUGCAAGCAUUACAGGAUGAAAACAACCAGUUGAGAGUUCUGCUAUGCAAACUGAAGGCGAUGAGCUGCUGGAAAGAAACAGUGCAAAAAGCACACUCAUCUGCCACAUUGAGAGAAAUGGAGAAGGUGAGAGCCCCUACCCCCCCCCCCCAAAAAAGCCUGUUGAAAUAAAGACAUUCUACAUAAUUGAAAUAAAGAGAAUAAUUUGUUCUUUAGUGAAAAGGGCCAUUGGCUUCAGCCAUGUAUACUUGGUAAUACCAGUGAGUGACUGCAUGAAGAGUGAGAUGCAUCCUUUUCCUCAGAACAGUCUAUUUAAUUCUUAACCAAUGAAACAACUGAACUGCAUAUUAGGGCCAGUUCAAGCAGACACUAAUCAGUGAGCCGUCAGGACUGCAUGCACACCUUACAAAACUGUGCAUGAUAUCUAGGGGCAGAUGAACCUGCCAAUUUUUGUUUCUGUCCAUUUCUUGUCACCCCUCCCAUCUUUUUAAGUUCAGUUCUCCACAUUUCAGAUCAGUUUGCAACUUUCUUUUUUAAAAAUAUAUUCAUGAAAAGUACAUUCUGGUGUGAAUUUAUCCUAACAUACACACUUUUGAAAACCAUUAUUUCUAAUGAAACACAUUUUUGUACUUUGUUUUCACGAAUGCAUUUCAUGUACCGUAUUUUUCGUCCCAUAGGACGCUCCGUCCCAUAGGACGCACCUAGUUUUUUGGGGGGGAAAUAAAGGAAAAAAAUUUUCCCUUUAUUUCCCCCCCCCCCAAACCAGGUCGGGGAAACCAAACCAGGUCGGGGAACAGCGGUAUGGUGGCGCUCUGCCUCCCCGCUGUCCCCCGAGCUUGUGAGGCUGGCGCUGGGGAGAAGCCUCCAAACCAGGUCAGGGAACAGUGGGAUGGUGGCACUGCGCCUCCCCGCCGUCCCCCGAGCUUGUGGGGCUGGCCGAUGUCUGCCCGGCGCGCGGGGUGCUCUGCUUCAGCGCGCCCUGCACUCCAUGCAGCAGGCUGCUAUCCGCAGCCUAGGGAGCCCUGCAGGAACUCCCGCAGGCUCCCCAGGCUUGCUGAUAGCUUCCUGAAGCCUGAAGAGCGAAAGGGGUCGGUGCGCACCGACCCCUCUCGCUCUCCAAGCUUCAGCGAAAGCCUGUAUUCGCCCCAUAGGACGCGCACAGAUUUCCCCUUCAUUUUUCGAGGGGAAAAAGUGCGUCCUAUAGGGCGAAAAAUACGGUACACCCAAUAUACCCAUUUUUGAACAUAUUUGUUUGGUUGGAGAAUUCAGAGAAAUGCAAAUUGAAACAAUGGCUGUGUUUGGGUUCCACAUAUGUUUGUCAGUUAUGUAUGGAGGUAUGAUGAAUGUGUGAACAAGAACUCAGAAAGUCCGCCUGCUUUUCUCUGCCAGUUUAACUGUAAUAGAAUAGUUACGAGAUCAGCAGCUCUGGCUUUCAUUCUUCUCCUUUGAUGCGUGAUGUGCUCACAUGAUUGUCUCACUUCACAGAUCUUGAUUUAUCAUACCACUGCAAAAGUUUCCAAAAAUAACCAUGCCAUCUGGUGUUGAGCCUGAUUGUAGCCACAUAAUGCAAAAUCAGAAGCUUGACAAGUGCUGUAGUUGUAAGAUGCCACUUCAAUGCAUGUCUGUGAAAUGCCUCUUGCCACCUAUAAAUGACUACAUGCAUCAACCCUUUCCCACAAAGAAUGUGGUGGGGAUUACUUACGCCAACCUGGCACUGUAUAUGAUUAUUUUACAAUACCCAUCAGAAAGAUUGCGACUGCUCAAACAAAUUUUAUUGUAUUGCAAAAACACCAUGAAAUUAAAAGAAGUAGGGUUUCUUUUUCUACAUGUUAAAGGGCACAAGCUCAAAUACUUAAAUAUUUUGCAUAACACUUCUCCCUAAGUAACCCAGUGUAGGGUGUUUGUUUGUUUGUUUUGGGGAGAGGGUUUUGUGGCUUGAUUCUCUGCUUCACAUCCUACUGAACCCUUUGCAUUCACAGGAGGCCAUUCAAAACAAAAAAGAGUAUCUGAAAUCCAAGCUGAUGGCAGAACAAGAAGCGAUUAUAUUUCAGCAGCAGCUGCGGGCUGCAAGGAAAGCUUUGGCAGAGUCUCAGACUGAGAAUAAAAGGCUGAAGCAACAGCUAGACAAACAGGUAUGUAACCAAACUCUGCUGUAAUACUGUCUAUACAGCAAAUCAAAUUACUUUCUCUCACUCACAUUGACUUCAGUGCUGAAGCUACGAGAGGGGCAAUGAGAGAUAGUCUUGGGGUAUAAUGUUCUGCACCCCUCCAUGGAAGACUUUAGGUGUAUAUAGGUGUAAAAUAAACCAUAUAUCUUAAAAUGCUACUGCCUUCACUGUGUCUGACCCCCAAUGAAAACAUGAGCCUGGGUGAGCGCCUGGAACCCCUGGAAUCUUGCUACUGCUUGGCAGAGAGUGGGGGUGGCACUGAACCUUUGUAAUAUUACUUAUGUAGGAAGUGAAAUGUGCACUAUGUGAUGUGUCUGUCCACACCACAAUUUAAGAUUCCAGAGAUGGAUGUAAUUUAGAAAUUAAAACCCUAUAAGUGAAUAACAGUGGCUUAGAGAGGAUUUGCCUAGCAGCUCCUUGUAGCUCCUUGUCAUCAUAACACACAUUGUAGUUCUUAUUCUGCAGAAUUUCUGGUUUAAAUCUUUCCUACAUUGGACACUGUUUUAAACCAGAAAUUCUGCAGAAUAAGAACACCUUCACUGCCAAUAAAUAUUAUUUGAAAUAAAAUGGUCUUCAUCUGCCUUCUAAAUGCCAAGAAUGAUAUCCAAAUACUGGAAGACAUACUUGAAAUAGACCUACUGAAAUCAACGGGUCUACUCUGAGUAUGAUAGCAUUGGAUAUCACCCAUGUUCCUCUCCUCCUGUGUUUUACAAAUCUCAUUGGUAUUUUAUGCAAAGGGACACAUGCUACAGGAAGUAGAACACAGGAUGAACCAAGAAGUUCACAGAAAGCAGCAACUAGAUCUAAUUAAGACAGCAAGCUUGGAAAAAAUGCUGGAAAGCCUUGGAGAGAGAGAACUGAAAUUGCAGUGUCUAACAGAAGAAACUGAAAGAUCAUCCAAGAUAAGGCAGCUUCAGGGGGAAAAGGUUAAAAAAGAAAUCCAACAGGUAAGUUUAUAAUACAUACUUUCAGUAGCUAAUGUGCCAGUGGUUAUAUGUUCCAAGAUGGGGGCUUAAUAUUGCAAACAGGUCAUUGACAGUGGGCGAUUUUUAUACUUAUCCACACCAAACCAUCCCGCCCCCAUCCCAAAAGGGUAAAUCAAGGUUUAAUGGUGGAAAAAUGCAGACAGGCAACUAGACACCAAUGAUGUUGUGCAGACUGGGUGAAAAACCUGUAUGCAUGAUCAGUGCUCAUCCCACAAUUAAUACCCAAAGUUUCAUAAAUAUUGCUUAACCAAGCAGCAUCUGAUAUAAUCAUGCAGGUUCAUUCAAAGUUUGCAACUUCCAAUUCCUUCCUUCUCUUAUGUAUUUCAUUUUCAUAAAUGGAAAACAAAGAUACAUAGAUUUGGAACUGUAAUGUUCACUUAGAAAAAUUUAGUAUCUUUUUAGGUAAGAAGUCAGCUGUCCCAGGAACGCAGUUUAAAACUGGAUGCUUUCCAGAGGAUAAAAGAGCUGCAACAUCAGCUGUAUGACUCAGAAGUUGCAACAUCCCAGAGAAAUUCUGCAGGUAUGAAUGAAUGUAGGUUGAAUGAUAGCUGGUUGCAAGAAUAUUGGUGUUCAAUAGAUUGUUUAUUUCAUGCCCUGCUGUAUUUUGAAAAUGUAUUAUACUUUGCUUGUUAAACAGUUAACAGUAAAUGUGCUGGUUAAUAGGUUAUUAAAUGUGAACCAAAGAUGCAGACCUUGGACUUAGUUAGGUCACCACGCCCUCUCUCAUAUACCAGGAAUAGAUCAGCACAGACAGAGACUUCUGAGUACAGCCUCCGUUACAAUCCUAGGCUGUGGUGUGGGAAGCAGGUGCCUACACUAAGCUGUUGCCAGAUUUGCAUGAGAAGAAAUACAUGCACCCAGUGUGGCCUUGUAACUCCUAUAAAGCCUCUCAUGGGGGGCAGGAAAGGCCUGGGAAGUGCAGUGGGAGUUGGAAACAGCCCAAACUCAGGCUGAGGCAGCUUGUGCGGGAAGAUUUCUCAGGGUGUGUGCACACCUGGGUGACCCAUGAAGCUCCGUAAAGCCCAGUAUUGUCUACUUUGUCUUACAGCAGCUCUCCACAAUCUUAGGCAGAGGGCCAUUCAUAUUACCUGGCUGCUUCUUGUAAAGGAAGACCUCACGGGGGGAUCUUCUGCAUGCAGAGCUCAUGCCCCCUCCCCUCAGUAAGUUAGGGAGUGGACUUUCACUUGCGCAAGUCUGGAUACAACCCAAUGAGGGCAGAGGUCCUAGAUCCCGUCUCACACUUCAGCUAACAGCCGCUUUGAGCUAGGAGUUUCUCAUUACGCUAAGCUGCUUAGUGUUAGUGUCAAGCCUGUACGGGAGGCAGCAGUACCAAGUUCUUUGGCAGGUUUGUAGCAAUGAAGCAGCUACUUCUUGUCCUGUCAGUAUAUUAUUGCAAGAUUGCAAUAAAUGUGGAUGGUGGUAUGAGCACGUAAGGAUGGGAUAAAUUAAUUUCUCAGCCAGUUUGACUAUUCACUUAACCACCCCAGCUGUCAUAUUACAUUGUGUUUGAUAACUGAGCCAAAGCUCCAAGUAGAUCCAAUUUGUUAAUCUAUUUAAGAGAUGCUAAACUGAAUUUGAAAGCUGAUCAGAUUACUGCUCCCCACCUCUAAACCUUAAGCAAUAGCAUUAAAUGAAUACUUUUUUGAACAGGCACGCAACUGAGACAAAGUAUAUUGCUAAUGUGAUACAAUAGUAGUGACUGACCAUUGUUUCAUGUGAACGUCUUGUUGCAUUGUAGAGAGUAGCAGUUUAAGGUGCUAUCUUUCCAAAGAAAUGUCCAUUUUACUAAAUCAAUCCAGGAAGCAAAGUGUUUACAUGACUGUAUAUUGCACAGUAUUGAUUUCUGGAACAAAUGUAUGCCUACAACUCACGGCAUUGCCAUCUUAAUUUGCAAAGUUUGUAGAAAUGAAUUAAAAUUAUUUUCCUACUGGUGAACCCUCUAUUGUACAAUUAGUUCACUUACACUAGUUAAUGUUCAAAUCCCUUUUGCCUGACAUAGACAAUUCAGUUAUCAGCACACUCAGCUGCUGAAGUGGAUGCAAAAAAUUCAUAUUAAUUUACUCUUACUUUUCAAAAUAGUACAAUUAAAGGAAACACCUGUAUCUCCUAACAUUUUAGUGUGAGGGAUACACAGCACAAAUCUUGGCAAUUUAAACAGCACUAGAUUCAAUCAGUGCUGGGAUCACAAACAUGUCUUGCUGUCUGUACAGCCCAAUACAUUUACCAGAAGAGAAGUGCAUUGUGACUCAGAAAGCAAGGGCAUUUGGCCAUGUCUUCUACCUUUAAUUGUUUCAAAGGUGUCUUAUCUUACUAUAUAAUAAAAUUGUGGAGUGUUGCCACUGUUUCAGAGACCACAGAGAAUGUGGUCUGACCCCCAGAUGAUGCUACACCAUGACUGUAUUGGCUUGGAAGUGUGGGGGGGGCUGGUGGUCUCAGUGGUGGGCCACCAUGGGCAUAGAAAAGGCAGGGAAACUGGCUGUAUAGCCUUAGCUUUCACCUCAUAGUGGUGUUGGUGCUUGUCUUGAGAUGCCAUACUAUAUACAUAAAAACAUAAAGUAGGUAGCCCAAGCCAACUGUUUAAUGGAGGGAAGUGCUUCAGAAAACUGCUCUCUGAAGUGUCUCCCCACCCCGUUUAAAUGGUGAUAGGGCUUGGAUCAAGCUGUGAGAGGACAGGCAAAGGUGUAAAGGGAAGAGGGUUGCCAAGUGGAGCUAGCAAGGGCAGUUUAAAUGAAUAUGUACAUGUUUCAUUUUGGGCAAAGGAAACCAACAGACAUUAUAAAAAUACUCUAACAGACGUCGUUAACUUUUAAAACUUUGUGCUUUGUAGGGCUUCUUCUCACAGAUUAUCUAACUCAUGUCCUUGGCUUUCACAGCUGUAAGAAGAAAGUCUGCUAAUACUUCACACAGUGCCAGCAGUAUAAAUCGCUCACUUUCAGGUAAAAAGGAAUUGUACUACUAGCAUCAGCUGUUUUACGAUGCUUUCUUCUACUUCUUUCUGUAAAUUUCAUCCGAAGUUCCCAGGGCAGUUCACAAUAUAAUAAUGCAAACAAAAAUACCUCCGCCCAACAUUAUUUCUUAGAAAGCCUCUCUCUCAACUCACCUUAAGUCCACAUUUCCUUAAGCUAGUCCUUUUCAGUGUCAACCUAGACAUAAAGUUAACGAUGGAAGAUGUGUACUUUUCUGGUUUCGAAAUAGCAGCCAUGAGUCUCUGGGCCCAUGCAGGGUGGUGAGGGAGAGUUUGACGUCCUCUUCCACUGUGGAAGUCCUGCGACAUGAAUUGUUUCUCAGAAGUCUUUGCAUUUAAAGGGAGACAUCCAUUCCGGGCAAAUGGAAGACAUCCUUGAAAUGCAAAUAGCAGCUUCAGAGUCUUUGGGGUGGUGUGCACAGUGGCGGAGAGAAAACGUUCCAUUUCCCAUUGCUCUGAUCCUGAGGCUCAUCAAGCUUCCAUGUAGCAGCUUCUCACAAAAGAAAUGAGCUCCCAUUGCCCUAAGAUAGUAUACCAUGUCCUAAUUUGAAAACGGUUUCUUUAAAAAUUGAUACACAGAAGCCUAUUGCUAAUAAACACUACUACUAGAUAAACCGUGAUUGUUAUCAGACCAUUUAUUGGGACUGCAUCAAAGAUCAUUCACAUUUUAACUGUUAACCAUUGACUGUGAGAAUAUUGUAGAAAAAUGGAAAUCUCUCCUUUACAAAACAAUAGUGUCAACAGCAUGUAUUACCAAGGAAUACAGUGUCAGCAGUGUUUGCACACAAAAGCAUGUUCUAGAACAGUUCCACAAAGGCAGCACUUAAAUGACAUUAUUUAACAUUAUGUUCCAGGCUCUGCUUCAUGGAGCCAGAAUACAGGCAUUUCAACAUUCACGUUAACCAAGGACUUCAGGCAGCAGCUUUUGGUUGCUGACUCUGUGGGUAGCAGCAAUAUAAAACCAGAAAAGAUUCAGAGGCCCAAAACGGUGAGUAGCGAAGUAUUUGGGGAGCAAUGUUAGUAUGAAUCUCUAAUGCAAGACAGUGACAAUUGGGUUGUAGAGACGUUAAGCAAGCUAUACUGAGGACUUGCUUUAUAAAACAGUGAUAUUAGAUUAACUCUUCAUUCAUGCUUCUCAGGGAAUUCCUCCUGUACAAUAAACUUUUGGCCCACAGCAGUUAAGCAAUCUACCCCCCCCCCCCAAUGAAUGAAAUUUUGACUAUUCAAGGUGAAACAGAUGAGAAUUACAACAGUUUUUAUUUAUAUUUAAAGGUACCUUGUGGGUGGAGAAAUAGCGUGAUAGAUGUUCUCUUGCCAGCUCUUACAGAAAACUCUUCUAUGUCACCUGUGCAGUUUUGUGGACAGAAGACAUCUGAAAAAUAAGCUUCUACUGCUUCUUUGAAGAGUUACUUGUUGGUUUGAUUCCACGAUAAAGUACAAAGCAGUCUUGCUUGAGAACUCUGGUCAUGCUCAAAAAUGGGAUGUUUUAAUUUGCUUAUAGUUAUCCAUAACUUUUAAUAAGCCACUUUCCCACCAGAUUUUCUAGUGCCAAAAAUCUGAUGACGUGAGGUUAUUAACUGGUGAAGCAGAUUCAGGACAGGCAACUGAAAGCCUUUAUUCAAACAAAUAUAUAAGGAAUGCACUAUCACAAUAUGUGUUUAUGGCAACAAGCUUAUUUGGCUGGCCAUGGUGCAUUUGCAUGACUUUGACCAAAUUCUGCAAAGCAAUUAUGUAGCUGAUUUGUGUUUUUAUAAAAUUAUUUCAUAGUAUGACAAGCUACAUCUGUAUACUUUCAAUUUUAUUUUUGUCUUUGACAAAGAGCUUUAAAUGAGAGAUCUGCUGGAUUACCCAACAAUCCUCACCACUUGAAAUUUACUUUGGCAAAUGGAGAGGCCAUGUACAACACACAUUGCUUUUUAUGGCCCAGAACAAGCUGGAUUUUUUGGGGAGGAGAAAAAGAUAGGCAGACGAACAGAAACAGUUUAAUAAAUGAUUUAUUUUGGUUUUGUGAUUAAUUAUUUUGCAUUUUCUUCCAAUGAAGACAACACACAUAUGCAGUACAGUAAUGUCUAUAACAUUCCAUUCUAGAUGCAACAUACUUGCAGGUGUUAAAUUUUAGGGAAAAUCUGUAUUAAGAGCUUGGAAGUCACAAUUCACUGCCUUAAAAGUCUAUUUCACAGACAGGGGUGGUUAAAAAAAACCAAAACCCUAUGUAUAUACUCCAAAAAGCAGACAGAAGCUGUGAAAAUCUAUUAGUUUACCUAAUUUGUACGUAGUCAGGUUAAUGUCACUACCAGAAAAACAACAACUGUCACUGAUCUAGCUAUAGAAGGUAAGAGGGCUCACCCUCACAGUCUUAGCCAAGGUUUGGUAAGUUAGUGAUAAAGCUUGGGUCUAGAAAAUCAAAUAUGCCACUGCAUGAAGAUAUUAGAAAUGUCUUAAAGACCUGGUACACGCCUAUACCCCAACCAAGUAGAAAAUGCAGACUUCCUGAAGAGUAGCAGUGAGACCUGAAUUUCCUAAAGUCAUUGGAAAAGAACAAUUGCUGGCAAUGGGGCAAGACUAGUGACUAAAAUUCCUCUCCCCACAUUCCUUCAACAGACAUGUAGCUGACAGUAAUAAAAUUUAAGGCACUUGAAAGAUUCAUAAUGUUAACAUCAGCACAGAAUACAUGACUAUUUAGUGGUGUUUUAAACAGCACUUACUCUUGGCUCAGUAAUAAAAUUGGCUCAAAUUUCAAUUCUGGAACUGCAAGUUGCACUGUUAGUCUUGAAAUCUUCUGCUACAAGUUUACAAGACGUAGCCAUUCAAGAGCCAGUAAGGAAGCAACACUAACUAGAAAUAAUUUCUAAGUCUCACCACUAAGCAUAAGCUUAUUACAGCUUUAGAGUGCAAAGAGGCUUUUUUUAAACUGUCACUGUUUAGAAGUGCUUUAAUUAUGCUUAAGGUUUAGAAUAUAUUCUAAGAUUUUAUCUAAAUUUAUGAAGCUAAAAGAGAUGGGGAAUUAUGUUAAACAAUGGACUAUACAGCUUAAGGCCAUUAAAUACCACCUACUACAGAUGUGUUGCUUGCUGAAAAUUGGCUGAUCAAUUUACCAUUUCAUACACCUGAGCUGAUUGUCUUUUAGGAGUGCAGUUGCCUGAAAGUUACAGUACUGUUUGCUAAGUAUUAUUAUGAAUAAACUUUCUAUGCAACAUUAUUGAAGUGAAUACUAUUAGCUACAAGGGCUAGAGAAGUUGAGCAA